CAACUCCCUUUUAGCAAUUAACCGUAUGAUAUCUACAUAUGUCCAAUUUUCGUGUUUUUAAAUCGCAUUUGGCUUCAAGUUCGCACUAGGCACUUUGAGUAGAAUAUAAAAAUAACCAUUACGGGAUCAGUGGACGUGGAGAGUUGGCCCGCAUUCAAUACUCCGGUACACAUUGCGUUGUUGACAUUUCGUAUCCAGUAGUCGAACCGCAGUUAUACGUCUUGAUAAUAUGCAAAUGUAAGCAUGACUUCGUCGUUUAGGAACUCAAGGGUAAGUAAUCUAUUGCAAUUUAUGUGUAUUUAUUUAUUUAUUGUACUCUUAUAUCUAUGGUUCAAAACGAAUUUACUUUAUUAAUUUACAGCCACCAUGGAGGUCUCCAAAUCAAAACUACACGCCGUCGACUCCAGAACGACCGACUACUUUAGUGAGUGUAAUAUUUAAUAUUUUUGUGUUAUUACAAAUUUAAAUUAUUUUUGUUAAUUUUAGGGUACAAGUUCAAACCGUUUUUUAAGUGGAAGUUCAUACAGAGCUCUUACCGGAAAUUCGGCCCUACCAACUCGUACAUACAAUGAUUCGAGUUCGGUGACAGUACUUAAAGACAAGUUUUCAUCUAUAGCUAGAGAUAAAGCAGUUUUAGCAGACAAAAGAAUGAGAGUGGCAUCAUCGGGAUUUGGUCAAAAACCCACGUUGAGAUCUGGAAGUGCUAGCCGUUUUGGUGCACCGAUCGUUCGCAGUCCAAUUAAGGAACAAUCUGUUACUGUUUUCGGUGUAUGUAAUGUACCAGAAAUUGAAACUGAAAAUCCAGUCGAUGUCAUGGUGUCAGUAGUCACACGUGGUACGUCACCUACACCUCCUGCUCAUAGUACGUUUUUAAGAAGUAAACAUGCCGGGCAACAAGAAUUUAUUAUGUCAAUGGUGCCACGAAAAUAUGAACCAGGCGUGAACGUUAACGUACAAACCGAUGAAAGAUUUCUACGUAGUAUGCCGAGUUUAAAAGUUGUCUCCGCGAUUCCUGUGGCUAGGUACGUCGGAAGUAGAUCGGGAUAUAGCUAUUCUAAGAAUAAAGAAUCUGGAUCAACUAGUGAUAACUCAGGUAAGUGUUUUAUAGGGUGGUCAUUAUUUUAUACCUGAAGAAAAAAGUUAAAUAAUUUUAAUCGAGCAACCUGCUCUUCCUUUUGGUCAUAAGUAUAAAAGAGUAAUUUAGCGAUGUAAGCAUAACCCAUUCACGUGCCGUAAAAAAGUUGAACAAUGAUAAGAAAGGGUAGUUUUAUCGUUUUUCGAAUCUAAUUUUAAAAAAAUUACAUUUAUAAAACAGAUCUUAAAUAUAAAACAUACAUUUAUCCAUACAAAGUAUUAGAGUUUCUCGUAAAUUUAUAAUUUGUUAAAAAAAUUGAUAAAAUAUUUUCAAAUUCAAUUUUAAACGUUUUUUUUUAAUUUUACAAGAAAUUUUGUCCGGAUAUUUUUUUCAUAGAUAAUUGUGUGUCCUAUGUUUAAAUUCUUAUGCAAAUGCUACAUUUUUUAAAAUUUAAACGGUCAAAUUAUCUUUUUGUGGUACGUAAAGGGGUUGGAUAUCAUUAUAAAAUGUCACCAUAAUCACUCUCUUAUAAGGUUCGAAACUGGUUUUGCCAUUUCUUAACACCUUAACCGAAAUCGGAAUCAAACUUUUUCAAAAACCGUUCUCAAAAUCCCAGUUUUACAAAGAAUAGUUAGUUAUUUUUAUUCCAAGAAAGUAUGCACGUUUAAAAUUGAAUUAAUAUUUAUUUGUAUUAUAACAUAUAUUACCGAUAACAACAAUGAAAAAUAUUUUAUUUUAUUAAUUUUAUUUCUAUAAUAUAAUAUAUUAUUAUCAUAAUUUAAACCCACGGUUAGUUUAGGUUAGUUUAGAUUUUUUAAGAUCUUUUAAUCUUUUACAAGUAAAAUUAUACGUGCAAAACAGUUAUUUUUAACGUUUCCGUAAGUUUUCAUUUUAGGCUAAACUUUUUUCAUAAAUAAGCGAUUCAAUCAUAGUAAUAAAUAAUAAUUGAUACAAAUAAAAACUGGUAGUAGUAACUAAUAGAAAUAAUAAUAAUAAUAAAAACUAGUAGAAACUAGAAAUAACUAAUAAUAUAAAUACCCAUUAAAAAAAAAAAACUAACUCAAAAACCGUUUAUCAAAUCAAAACCAAAAUAUUAUAAAAAAAGUUUCAAAACCAAAACCUAAACAAUUUAAAAACUGAAACCGUUAAAACUGAUGACGGUUUCGAGCCCUGCUUUUUAUAUUAACAAAAUAAAAUGGGGAUAUUCGAUCAGAAUGACCUAACUUUCUUUCUAAAACUGAAGACUACCCUAGUGUUUUAUUUAUUUUACAAAUUACAAAUAAUAACACAUAGUUUUAAUUUUAUUACAGGCCAAGAACAAGAUUCGUAUCUUUCGGAUUCAUCCGGUCAUAGUAAAAGUCGUUCAAGUGGUGCAGAAACGUCAAAACUACCUCAACCGAACUGGUCAAGAAACAGGUCUUCUGCAGAUAAAAGUCGAGAUGAAUCUGGUAUUAGUAGGUCUGCGUCAUUUUCCAGUACGGCAGAAGAAAAACCACCGACAGGACGAAAAUUCGAAGAACCAAAAUUAGUUACAAUUAGAAGUAUUGCACCAGUUAGUGGCGUUGCGAUUAUUUCUGAUGCACCUAAACCACAAUAUCCUUUGAGAAAAAUUGACUCUACUGAUCAAGCUUGGUGGCUACAAGAUUCUGAACAUAACGAAAAUAACAACGUAGAACAAACAUUGUAUAAAGACGCUGGUAAAGAUUUUGAUUUAAAUGUAAAUAAUACUUUGAUAAGCAAAAUUCCUUCUUAUAGUAUAAGAAAAUUAGAUUCAUCGGACAGAAGUCGAUGGUUACAAGAAGCUACAGAACAAAUCGCUGUCAAUGAAGCGCCGUAUGUUGAAAGUCCUUCUUGUUCAGAAUCGACCAAGAGUAGUUCUACGUCAAGUAAAAAUCGUUCAUAUGGCAUUAGAAAAAUGGACUCUUCUGAUAGAAACCAAUGGUUACAAGAAGCAGUUCAAGAAGAUAUUACGAAUGAAAAACAAACUUCACGUGCCAGCAGUGUUUCAAAUUCCGAAUCUAAUAAAAGUAAUAAUACAUUAUCUAGUAUAAGUCAGAGCAUAUAUGAUAGAACAGAAUCAAUUAAUGUAAAUAAAUGUAUAGAAGAUAGUGACAAACAUGAAUUGAAUAAUUAUAAUAAUUCACUAUGCGUUGAUAACAUUUCAAACUCAGAUUCACAUAUUAGUAAUUCCUUAUCAAGUAAAAACCAAACGUAUAGCGUUAGAAAAAUGGAUUCGUUUGAUACACCGUGGUGGUUAAAAGAAGAAAGUGAUGAAUCAAAAUUAAGCUCAAAUAAAUUAGAAUUUACUAAAAGCGACCAUUCUUUAACAAAAAGUCCAGAAAUUACAGUGUCACAUAGUUACAAUCCAGUGUCAUAUGGAAUUAGAAAAAUGGAUUCAUUUGACAGUCCUUGGUGGCUAUCUGGAGACGAGGCAAAACAAGUUAAUUCAUUAAGCGAUAAUUCAAUUCAAAAUCAACGUAUCGAAGAAAAUGAAGAUAAUUCGUAUGAAUCGUUUCCAACUGAUCCGGAAAAUGACGUAAAUAUUAAUGUACCUGUAGAAAAUGAAGUAGAAGAACUCGAAAAUCUGGGUUGGCUAAAAAAUGGCUUCAACUUUCAAUCAGAAACAAACACACCUAAUUUAAAUGAAAAUUCUACCUCGAAUGAAAAGCUCGAUGAUAAUUAUUUAAAUUUAAACAAAUUAGAUACUUGGAAUAAUGACUAUCCAACAAUUAAAAAAAUGGAUUCAAUGGAAUCGCAGUGGUGGGAAUCAGAUCAAAAAAAUACAGAUCCUGGAAGUACAAGCAUUUCAAUUGACUGGUCACACGACGGUCCAGAAUUAUUGCCGAAUCAAUUAAAAAAUACACCAACAGAUAGUUCGUUAAAAAAUAUUUUAGGUGUUAGAAAAAUGGAUUCAUUUGAUAGCCCGUCUUGGUUAGCAAGUGCUGAAGAUUCUGAAUCUCAAAGUCACGAACCUAAACAAACGAGUAGUGGUGAUGUAGUCAGCUCAAGUUCAAAAAAAAAUAAAGAAGAAUUAGUCGAUAGUAGUCCUGAUUGGUGGGGAGAAAAAAAUCAGAGCGAUGAUUUUGUCAGAACCAAAAAAACUUCUCUUCGAAUAAAAAAAAUAGAGAAUGUUGUAAAUGAAGUUGCUAAUGAACCUACUAACAAUAAUUCAAAAGAACUAAAUUUACAAGAUGAAUUGGAUCAAUUGAUGUUAUUUAUUGGGGGAUGUAGAAAUAUCGACGAGUUAUUAGGGAACGAAGAGCCACCACCUGCAGCACCAAAAACACCACCGGAUACCGAUUCAGGUACCCAAUAUUAUUUGAUCUAUGUACAUAUAACAAUAUAAUACGUAUUAUAUUACAUUAUUAUUAAUAUUAUUUGGAUAGAAAAUAUAUUUGAGUUUUUUAUAUUUUAGACGAUUGUAUAGAAGUUGGAGUUGACCAAGUUCAUAUUCAUGACAGUACAGCACAGUUGUCGACAAUACAAAAAAAACUGACUAUGGUAAGUGCAUCAUUUUUACUUCUUAAUAACAUAUAUCAUUAUAUAUAUCAAUAAUUAUUUAGUUUAAUGCAAAUUUAAUCAGAUACCUACCUAUUUGAUAUAAUCGUAAAACUAAUGUUACAUAAUUCGCAUUAUACAUUUAUUAUUAACUAUUGCAUUCAAACAAGUUGAUGUUAUGAUAAAAAGAUGAUCAAAAAAUAUUACAUAUUAACAAAUUAAAUAAACAAAAACAAAUCGCAAUUCGUUAUUAAACGAAUAGUAAUAUUUUUAACAAAUUUUGUACUUAAAACGUUCUUUGAAAAAAAUUAUUACCUAAUGCUCAACUUGCUCUCUUUAACGCUAAGUACAACUUUUAGUAAACCUCGUAUUAAAUUUGCCAGAAUUUCAAAACGUUUGAAUUCACAUCAAAUGAAAUAAUAAAAUCCUCGAAAAUGUCAAAUGCCUAUAAAUAAUUCAAAAAUCUUUAUUUCACUACGUCUACAAACAAAUAAUACAAAUAUUCUGUAAAAAUGUCAGGUUUCUAAGAUUAUUAUCAACCGAAUUAUAAUAUAAAAGAAAUCUAAACUAAUUUAACUGUUAUUACCAUUUUUAAACUUUCACGGUUUUACUACAGCUUUUUUCCGGUUUUGUCCAAUCAUUACAAAACUACAAGAAAAAUCUAAAAAAUGACCUUCUAAAUGUAUCAACUAUAUAAAUCUAAAACGCAAAAAAAAAGUUCUCUUGUCGUAUUUUGAUUGACGCAAGAUUUCUGGUGGAAAAGUUGUUUACAGACAUAAAAAAACACAUUAUAAUGAAAACGUUCAGAAUCUCAAAAAUAAAUCAAACAAGUUAUUAUUGUACCAUUUUAACGGGUAAUAUAAGAAUUUAUUGCUGAUUACCGAUAUAUUAAUAAUAAAUUUGUUUCUAUACUUAAAUGUACAAAUGCAUUGUACAGGAGGCCACAGCACAAAGCAGUUAAAGUAGAUAUUUAGUACCCAAAUAGAUAAUCUAUAAAAACAUGUACCGACCGAAUGUUCUUUAAAACCUCAAACUCUUAUACAUAAACUUUAAAACUAUCAUUAAAAUUCAAACAAUUAAAUGCGAAAUGAAUUUCUUUUUUUUUUACAAAACAUAUAUUUUGUAGCUAUAAGGCUAGGGUAUUAUUUAGUUGACAGAAUCUAAAAACAAAAAAGAUAUAAAAUUCUUUUAAAUCAAAAUUCUAACCUGUCGAAUAUUAUCACUUUUAUUCUAUAUUACUACGUAGGUAUAUGGAAGAACUAUCCAAAACACUGUCAAUCAAGCCGUAGAAUAAAAUGUAGAUUUUAUAUAAUUAUACUAAAUUUAAUUUACCUUGAGACAGUUAUUAUUUGGUAAAAUUAUUAUUAAAUAUAAAUACUAUACUUUAGAAUGUAUAUUUUUUGAUGAAAUUGAUUGCGCAAUUAUGUAUUUAACAAUAUUUAAGUAAUAUUACGUUUCAAAAAAAAAAAAAAAUGUGGAACAGUGAUUCUAUCGCAGUAGGGCAUUCGUCUCACGCCACGUCCCUCGGCGUAGGAAAAUAGUGUAUUAUUAUUUUUAAUUCGAACACGACAAUCUAUUGCUAUCGGGAAACGAUUCCGAGUAAAGCUCGGAGCAUAAAUUUAAAUGCAAUUGCUACACAUAAUAUGUUUCUUCUCAUCGCAGUUGUUUGUAAACGUUUUAUUAAAUUACCGAGAAAUUCAAAAAAAUUACUUCCUUGAAAAAUAUCUAUGAUUUGUACGUGUAAUUCAUUGCCGUCUAUAAAUAUCCUUGUAUUUAUUAUAUACUAGAGCAUAUUAAUAGUUUCAAAAGAUAUUGAGACGCAUAUAGGAUCUAAAUCAAAACAGGCGGAAUACAAUUUGCACCUUAUUUGCUUAAUUAAUUAAGCUAAUUAUGGGUGUUUUAUAAAUUAUAAAAUCAUUUUAUUACAAUUAAAUCUAGGAUGAAGUUAGUAAUAAUUAUUAUAAUACCUAUUGCGUUUAAAUUAAAUUCAUAAUAAUAUUAAUAAAAAUGUAUACAUUGCCAGUGCCGUAGGCAGGGAGGGUGAGAGGCUAAGGGGUCUGCAGCACUCCUUGACAUUUUAAGAGAGUUAAAGAAUUAUUUCUACGGUCUAUGAAAGUCGUCGCAAAAGUCUUAAAUCCAAAUAAACUGAUCUGAUUUUAAAUUGUUAUAUUUAUUUUGUUAGCAUAUAUUAUCAUUCGUGGGCCAAAUUUUAUUAGUACUCAAUAUUUGAAUAUGCGCCAUAGAGUUGUACAAUUUGUUUUUAUUCUAUCUGCACAUAGUUACCGAAGUUGGCCUUUUUGUUAGCUUCACGUUUUUAUUGCUAUAACUUCCCUUAUGUCAGUUUGGUCGAAACGGUACGGAAUAUUAUCGUUAGAUUUUCUUUUUUUUUUUUGAAUUGCUGCCACGUUAAUAGAUAUUAUAGGUAGUUACUACUAGACUAGCGCGAGUAAGUAGAUUAUAAAUACAAAUUUGUAUAGCAGUACAGAAACCAAAACCAAAAUAUUGUGGGCUUUUCAUUAUUAUAAUUAUACAAGCAGAAAAAAUGUAAUUUUGUUAAUUUUUUAUUCGAAAAAUGUAAAGCAUAAUAUUUUUUUAACUAUUUUAUUUUUAUUUUUUUUUUUAUUUUUACGAAAAAUUUUAAAUUAUAUCUACGUUUUAAGGAUAAUUUCAUAGUGCAUGAAAACUGAACAGUGAAAAAUAGCCAUGAGUUAUUUUUAAAUUAAGUUCCCACACAGAAAAAAAUAAAUUUUAAAUUGUGUGAAGAGAAAAAGAAGUUCUAUAAUAUGCGCGUUUUGUUAGACAAUUAAGUCUUUUGGGAGUAGAAAAAGUGCUCUGAUAUUUUAUAUAUAUUAUAAGAAUGCAUGUUUCUCUCUCAAUGAAUCGGAAAAUGAACGUGGAUAAUUCUUAAGUAGUCGCCUCGGUGAUUUAUAUAUUGUAAUAUAUACACUCUCUAAAUAGGAAGAUAUUUACAUGAUUUUUAAUACAUAUAAAAUUGUGGUUUACCUUCAAAUAUGUGGUUUACUACAUAAAAUGUACACCUAUUAUAUUUUUAAAUUUUUAAUUGAAGUGCAUUUUGAUUAGUUAUUUUACCCAUAGUAAUAAUUUUUACUUUCCGAAACAUUAUUUUAUACUAUACCUUAAAAACUUUGGCAGUGAUAAAUUAAAAUGCUCAUGGAUGUAACUCACUACUCUUAAUCAUUCCACCCGUUUAUCACAGUAUACCCGCUUGUAACCUCCUCUCACCACUAAUUAAAUACCUAAAACCUAAUUACCUAUAAUUCAAUUAAAUUAAAUUAUGUUAUUGACAAUUUUGUAUAAUUUAGGUAUAAGUGUACUGCAGUAUUGGAUUACUAGUCUUACCUACUAAAACUUUUCACUGAAUGGUUUCACAAUUUUCCGUAUAAUAUGAACUGAAAAUAUUAUUUAAAAAUGAUAUUGAUUCAUUUUAAUAAAAGUUAAUUAGAGAUUCUGAGUGGAGCGAGAAUGUAUUAAAUUAUUUUCUUUUUUAUGCGAUAACUUUUACUACCAAAAAACACACUAUGAUUAGAGUACCUUUUCUGAAGGGAAAUUUUCUCUAGGUGGUACUUUAGAGAGGACAUUUUUUUAAAAAAAUUCUCAUUAAUAUUCGAGAUAAUAAGGGAAACCUGGUUCUUUAGGUUAAAAAAGAUUGAAAGAUUAAAAAUAAGGUUAUCAUUCGUAUUUAUUUAUUUUUUGUUAUUAUUUUAAUAUUUUUUAAACAAACAUUGUUGUCACGGAAACGCAUGUUGUAAUCAUUUUAUCAUAAUAUGACAUAUAUGUAUAUUAUAUGACACUAUCAACUGCUGAACUCCACUUCAAAUCGUUUUUUCGUUAACAAUGAUUUUUCGUUGAUUACAGAUAUAAAUUGAAUUCCCGUUUGUAUCCUAACUUCACAAAUUCCCACCCACAAAAGUGGCUGCACCUACGUGCAAAGUAUGUCCGUUCUUUUUCUUAAGUUUCUAACCUUAUAUCCCAUAGUUACAGUUGUUGAUUCGGUUAACAUGGAGAUAUAUGAUAUUAUUCAUAACGUUAUUGUUAUUAUUAUUAUAGUUAAAAGUAUUAAAAUGUACAUCCAUACUAGUCAAUAUUAAUAAUAUAAAGUAAUAUUAUAUAGUAAUAAUAGUACUUAAAGAAUUCAAAAAUGUCCUGUCAAUUAUUUACAAAUUAAGAUUUGAAAUUUAUUUAGGUUAAUACGUAUAAGUACAUAAUAUACUAGGUUACCGAAUUAUUUCAAAAUUGUAUAUGUAACUAUGAUUUAUUAUUAAAAAAAAAAAACGUUUAGAAACCGGGAACAUACACGCAGAGUGGGCUUUCCUAACUAAUUUAUUAUCAAAAAAACGCUGUGAAUUGGACGUAUGUUUUACUACGUUAUCUAAUGGAGGGGAGGAUAUAUCCUCCCAAUGAUUUUUUUUCUUCAAUACCUACUUAUAACCUUAUACAUUAUUUCUCGGAGUGUUUUUUUUUUAGGAAAAACGCUUUUUUCUUCCUCCGUAAUUAGUCAAAAUUCAUAAAUGAGGUACCUUUUUGAAGAUUAAGUUUAUUACACCAGUUUAUUUGUAACACCAUCAUUUCAAUUUUUGUAUUUGUAAAAAUACCAUGAUUUUUUGCCAAUAAAUAUACAAUUUUCAUUCUUAAAUGUACGAGUAUUAGUUUUAUAAUUGUGUUAUUUGCUGAUAUUUUUAGAAUUUAUUACAAACGAAAAUGAUAGUGAUUUAAGACCAUUGAGAUUGGAAUGCAAAAUCAAUUAUUAUACGAGUAUACCUAAUAAGUCUGAAUUUUAAAUUUUAUUAUUUUAUAAUUGUUUAAUUCGUUUUAUUUUUUGUACUUAAAAUGUAUAAAUAUUAUUCAAUUCGCACUUCACCAUAAUAUAUUUUGUUAUUUUAUUUAUAAAUCCGUUAUAAUCGGUCGGUUCAAGGUUAUACCAUGCGCACAAAUUCUCUAACUUUAUUUGUAUUUAAUAGAUUUUUAAAUUUAUUAAAUGCGUAUUUCUAAAGUUUUUAAAAUCCUAUUUGUGCAUGAGUAUAUUAAUUAUAGUUUUAAGUAAUAAUAUUUUUCAAAGUUUUUAUUUCGUUCGAUUUCUUAUAUUGAAAUUGGAAAAACUAAAAUAUAAAAUGUAUAUGAAUUUUAAUUCAACAUCCUCUUUUGAAAAUGCUAUUUGUUUGCUCAGACGAAUAAACCAAUGGAACGACGAGUGAUGGGUAACGAUGCCUAUUCCCGAUAUUGUAUUUUAAAUGACAUACAAUGUUGGAAGAGUUAUUUAUAGUUUUUAAUACUAUGUAUAAUAAAUACUCUGACAAACUAAAUCGCAUUAUGUUAUGUAAAGUAUAUAAAUAUGAUGUGGUACAUUGAAGAAAAAUUAAAAACAAAAAAUGCUAUAAUAUUUAAAUUACGGUGUGAAAUGUACUUUUUAUUUGAUUUUGUGAAUUACGAAAAUGCGAUGGUAUUAAUAAUAAUUCGGUUUUUUUUUUUUUAUAUAUUUCUCUUUGGAAAAAACGAUUUAUAAACAGUAUCUAUGCAGACUACUGUGCUAUAAAUAGUUAUUUAUAUUUAUAAAAUCUAAAAGAAAACACUAAAUAAAUGAAAUAAAACCGAUUGUUUUUUUCCAAUUGAGGAUAUCUCUGUGUUUAUUGUGUUUAAAUUUAUAACAAUAUAAAAGUGCAACAGGUUGAUAGAUUGAUUGUACAUCGCGGUGAAGGAAGUGAGACGAGUGUCCAACGUAUCUGUAUUGAAUGUAUCGUUUUUUUCCCCUCUUAAACGCUUUCAAUUUUUUUUUUUCUUCAAUUAUCAAAAACCGUUACAUCUUACUAUGCAGCUUAGAGACUAUAGUGUAUACAUAAAUUCUCUUUACUGGUAUACUGGUAUAACAGGUCUUGGAAAUAAAACGAAUUAAUUCAAACAGAACAUUAAGUUAAUUAAUUUAAUUAACUACAACAGUAUUGGUUCUAGGCUUUUUAUACUUCAGGCCUUUUUUUUUUUUUUUUUAACAGUAAACGUAACUUCACCGACUGUUACAAUUUGAAAUAAACGAAUAAACAAGUAGAUGGUUAACUUAACAAAAUUUAAAAAAAUUAAUUGAAAUAAUAAAUUAUUAUAGAAUCGAAUAUUCUUCAUAUUUCCUCAUUACUAUAUUAUACUUUAUUACUAUACUUUGUACUAUAUUAUAAUAUUUACCCUCCAUUCAGUGCUUAAACCUCCAUCCCCUCCAUUCCCUCUUGUUUUGAGAACCAUUUUUCUGUACACGAAAUCAUAAUACUCGUAACAAUAUACCGCGUAAUAUUAAUACGUUAUAGCAUGUCGGGACGGCGGUAUUAUUUUUCGGGAACCGUUUGUAUAACCCGCGAUGCAAUAUCAUCUGAAAAGCCUAUACUUAAAUAAGUGAAUAUAACGGCAUUCUCGUUCGCAUAGAUAUCCUAUAAAAUUGUCAGCGUGUAACCUACCGGGAUCAGUGGCAAUAAUUUAUAGAGGUAUACAAGAACGUUAUUAUUUGUUAUAUUUAUAAUGUACGUGAUCUUUUGGUCCGGACAAAAAUCUAUUGUCAGUAGAUUCUUUAUAUGUAUGUAUAUAUAUUAUAGAUAUUAUAGAUAUUAUUAUUAUACUUAUACACCGUUGAAUAACCGUUUGCAUUUUAUCUUUUACAAACCAUUCGUAAACGUAUACUUAAACAUUCCUUUGAACCGCGAUGUAUAUUGUAUAGCAGGUAUAGCAGUAAACUAUGGUCGCGCAAUGUAACCGAAAACUUAGAAUAAAAUAUCGGCCGUUGAAGUUGUAUAAUACAUGGGUAAGGCAUGUACUCGUAUAUUCAUUUUUAUAUUAUUAUUUUUUUUUUUUUUUGGUAAAACAUUUUUUUUUUUUUUCGAGUCAAGUAAUUUUUGUACAUUUUGUUUUAUCUACAAUAAAUAGUUAUACAUUUAAUUAAUUUACGAAUCAUUUAGACAUUCGGUAAACAUGUAUGUAUAUAUAAAAACACCACUAUUAGGAUAUUGCGUUUCAAUAAUGUCUUCUAAAAAUAUUAUGGUACAUGUUAGUAUAUGCAUAAUGUGUAUAGCGUUUAAUCGAAUACAUUUAAAAGUUAUCCAUAUCCGACAAUUACGGAAACCGAAUUUUGCAAGGUAAACCAAAGACACACAACUUAACGGACAAACAUUUACGGCGUUACGAUUUGAAUAUGUAUUUUCAAUUUUUACGAUUCAUGUUUUCUACGAGAAAUUUCGUGGCAUUUUGGAAUCGGUACGUUAGUCGGCAAGUCGUGUUUAAAAAAGUUUACGGCAUUAAUUGUUCCGUUAUUUUCGAUUUUGUUUUAAAUUAGUUAAACUUGAUCUUAGAAAGUUGAAAUUUCUACAGAAUACUUAUAAUACUAGCCUAUUCGUAGUAAAAUUUUCAAAAUAUUUUUAAUCGAUUAUUGUCCUAUUUAUAUAAAUUUUAUAUUUGCGGGAUUUUUGUCUUGCAUAAUUUUUAACUUUGUAGAUAUUCUUUGGAUAGUGGAUAAAAUAUUUUUACUAAAUACGAAUGCUUGUUCAUCUAAUUCGAAUUCCAUUAUAAGAUUAACUUAGUGAUAAAAAAAAAAACGACGUAGUAGUAGUUAUGUAGAUAAUCAUUCUUUUUCGAUAAACGUUUCAAGGUGAUCUUUUGAUGCAAAUCGAAAAUAUUACGGCAUUUCAAAACAUGUGUAACCGAUAACUUCGUUGUUCAAAAUCGUAUUUCGUUAGCAAUGGUUUAUUGUUACUUCGGAUACGAAUUAAAUAACUCUAUGUGUUCUACCGUUCCGACUUCACUUCCCAUCCACAACAGUGGCACGCCCAUAAACAGUAGCAGCUCUUUUUUUCUUUCAAUUUUUUUUUUUUAUUUUACAAUUCAAGUAUUCUAGUUUUAUUAUUGUAUUUAUACAUAGACACAGGUGUAGAUCGUUUUCGAUAUGAUAAUAUCCGCGGAGAUAGGAGAUAAUAGGCAAUUAGUGCAGAACACACAUAGGUGUAGGAGAAUUAAAUCGACUUGUGUUCGUAUAAACGUUUACGUAUUUACUUCAGGAGACCACCUGCAGUAGUCGCAACAGGGUUAACGUGAGUAGUUGUUAAUUAAAAUAUAAUAUGAAGGUGCGUUGCGUUACGCGAGGAAGAAAAGAGUAUAAUUGUCUUGACAUUAAGCCUUGGAACAAAAACGGGGAAAAAACGAAAACUAAAAAAAAAAAAAAAAAUAAAACAACCUGUCCAACGUUUAGAGUAGUUUAUUUAAUGUGGUGUUUUUGAUACGUCACUCGCGUAGUGUAUAAUACUAUAGAAUAUUUCCCGGACGCGCAUUUACGCUUUCACUCGAUCGGUUUUCAAGACGGUAAAUAUUAUUUGUUGCACCGUGUCACUACAUUAUUUACAAUUUGUAUUAUUAUUAUUAUUAUUAUUUUUUUUUUAAAUUCCGUUCGUAAAAAUAUGGAACUUCGUUGGGAAUCGUAUUCCGUCAGCAAUGAUUUAUCGCUGCGUACAGAUAUAUAAAUUAAAUAACAAUUAAUAUCAAUUAAAUAACUUAAUGUAUUCUACUUUUCCGAAUUUCCACCCACAACAGUGGCACUGCAGUAAGCAGGAUCAGCUUAAUUUUCUAAACAAUUAUUAUUCCAUGUACUUAUCACACAUUUAACGGGAAAACACUGACAACUAUAUAAACCCCGGGGGUUCCGUCAAAAUCGUUUUUGCUGUAACUCGGAAAAAAUAUUAGUAACCGUACAGACCGGAUAUUUUUACCAAAUAUACAACAAUUACACUAGCCACUUGUUGGUUGAACGUCGUCAUUAUAAUUUUCGAAAUAUUUCGGUUCUUAUUCCUAAGUAAUUGUGGAUAUUUUAAUUUUCGAGAUUUAUCUGUUUUGAAUUUAUUUCAACUUGUGUGGAUACAUUUAUUUUCCGUCUCGUAAACGUGGUAUUCAUUUAAUGCAGGAUUACGAGGCAAUAUUAUUGUUAAAAUUGUUGCAUACCGGCGAAAGCCGGCAAAAGUUAAGUAUUGUAUUUCGUUUUUAUUAGCGCAAAGUCAAAUUAUCGGACGAUGUCCGUUACAUUUCACUGUGACGUAUCGUGACUAUUUUUUUUUACAAACAAAUUUACAAAUAUAUUUUUAAAAAAAACUGAUACUGGGGAUGGGAGCGGUCACUGUUGUAAGUGAAAAGUUGAGAAGGUAGGAUACAUAGGAUUAUUUCAUUUAUAUCUGUAAGCAACGAUAAACUAUUGUUUGACGAAAGACGAUUCCGAGCGCAGUUCGGUAAUACAUAAUUUGAAGUGCCGUAAUUUUUUUUGCGAUUUUCGUUUUAAUUUUAAUUCAAAACGCUUUUAAAAAAAAAAAAUUUUACCACGUCUAAGUAAUUCCAAUAUAAGUAUUAUCACCGAGUUUCAAGUCUCUACGUGUAUUUAUAAUCGAAUAGUAUCAAAAAAACCUUCCAAAAAUAAAUAUUCCUUAAAAGCUCAAAAGUGGCUCAAAAGUUUCGGCAACGACACCGUAAGAAAAUAAAUCAAAAAGGCAACAAAAGAGGUGUCCCGUGGUUUUUCGAUUAAAUCAUUUUUUCUGGUAGAAAACGUCGUCCGUGUUUUUAUAAAACAAUGAAAUCGCGCGUUUCCCUACGUUUUUUUUCCCCACUCGAGCGCUUUUGUUUAAAACGCGUCGUCGAAAAGAUUGAAAGAAUUACCUCUCUAAAGUACAAUCUGGACAACCUGAACGGUCAGGAAAGUUGGUACACGUAAAAAUCGGAACAAGUCCGCUAGGAAAAAAACGUGUCCGCGAACUAGAACGAAGAGAGAAAAAAAAAAUAAAAAUAAAUAUAAACUGCAUUGUAAAACCCCAAUAGCUCCCUCGCGUGUCGUUACGCCUGUAUUUUCAAGCCCCUCGUCGAUAACGUUGGCCAAGAGCAGCGCGCAAUGUCAUUGCGUGUACAUUUUCCGACGGAUCAGUCGUAACGGACACUGCGCUUGCCGUCGCCCGUCCGUUUCGCCGCGUGCAGCGGGGUGCGCGUCAAACGAGGGACGUAUUUUCGCGGCGCUGCCCCCGCGCCGUACAGGAGGUGCCAUUAUUAUUGUUGUCGGCGUCGUCAUCAACCGUCGUUACAGUCGUUGGUGCCCCGCGUUCGGGUCGCUCUUGUCGGCCGCGGCCGUCGUCGGGCCGCGCGCGCGGUGGGGGAACCUCUGCCGCCGCCGCCUCCGCUGUUUCCGACAAUCGUCGGCGGCGGCUGCGUCCUCCGACCGUGAACAGUCGGCCCGUAUCGUACGGACUGUCACGACCGUCCGCAUUUACGGUGUUACGGUUACGCGUACGAUAAUAUCGAGUUUCUGUGUAUGAUAAUAAUAACGUACGACCCGACGACGGCGGCGCUGUAACGACAAUAAUAACGAUUAAAAAAAGUAUACGAGCACCGAUAAUAUUUUCGCGCGAACGCCAAUCGUAUAACCGGUCCGGGGGCGACGGUAUGAACGUCGCCGUCUGAGAGUCGACGCAACAUUCGUAAUAACAGUUUUACAAAGUGCGUUUACCGCCGCCCGCGACGACGUAAAUUAUGUCGCUCACGUGCCGCGUACAGUACGUGGACGACACGGACCCUUUCGAGUAUUCGGCCAACGUGCCGGAACCCCAACGGGCGCCGCCGGUCCAUUCGUUCAGCCUCACGUUGCCCCUGAUCAACCAGAUCGCCGGCGUGCACAGGAUCCUCGGGGCGCCGCAUCGGGUGAGUCUCGCGUUCGCCGCGUACAUAUUACCACGUUACAAGCGGCACGCGGCUCCCGAAAUACGUUUUCGUUUCGGCGGAUGUCCCGUGUCGGCGGCGCGUAGUUAUUAUUCGCUAUUAUUCGUAUUAUUAUAUCUGUCGGGGGAAAAAAUCGAUUUUUUUUUUUUUUUAUCAAUAUAAUACAGUUACUAUAUCGCCCGGGCUUAUCGACAUAUUUUAACGUUUCGUUUCGUAUUUUCGUGUCGUACACAAACGUAACGAGUUGUUGCGAAAAAACAAAAAUGCCCGGGUUCUUCUACGCAGACCUCUCCGGGUGCAUCACCCGCGUCAACCGUUUUGAGAACGUCACUGUCCCGCGCGCAGGUACCAAUAGGUUUAUAACCGAGUCCGGCGCGCGAACCGUUCGCGAACAGAUGUCGUAAUAUUGUCACGCCGAUUAACUGCAGCGUCGACGCGGAGGAGGGAGCGGCGGGCCGUCGCCGUCGCCGUUCACCCCGUGCGCGAACGUCCGCACCCGCGCGUCGUCCGGCGACCGGCUGGCGGUGCCGCGACGCGUCUUUCCGGCACCCUGUGUAACGCGGAUUGUAUACGUGUACGGGCGCCCCUGGUUCGGGGUCCGGCGUAUUUCUCAAAUGCGGUUACACACUCAGACCGGUCGCUCGUUAUAAUGCGGUACACCCGAUAUGAUCGUACCCUCGUACAGCUAAACCUGAGCCGACAGACCUCGGUGAAACCGCGCCGGGACCGGUAUAACGGCGUGGGGGGAAGGAGGAGGAGGAGGAGGAGGAGGAGGAGGAACAGCUCGAAAAAACAAACGAAAACAAUUUGUACAAAAACAACGCGUUCGAAACGGAUAACAUCUGCGGUCGGGAAGCAACGCGUCAAACUAACAGAGACGCCUAUUGGGCUUAGACAUUAUCGCGUAUAGGUAUUCAACAACACGUACGUUCGUGCACCACCGAGCGUAUCGCGCGCGGAACGAAAUCCCGCGAGUGUCCGCGUUUUGAAAUUUCGCGACCGAGACCCCGAGUAACCGUCGCGGAAAAACACGAGCGUUUUUUUUUUUUCCAUUGACGCGACAAAAAAAUGUUUCGCAAGCUUAUAUUUUUGAAAUAUUUCAUCAAACGUUUCGGGAAAGUUUCGCGAAAAAAUUUCACUUUGUUGUGAAAAAAAAAAAAAUCGUUAAAAUGUAAAACUCGAACAGUGUGUGUGUGUGUGUGUGUGUGUGUGUGUGUAUGCAACUGUGGCGGCGGACACCUGCAAUACCUCUUACGGCGCUAUAUAAACGGCCCAAACGGUCCCGGGCUGCCCGUAGAUUUCAGUUAACGACGAACGGUAUAAACAAUGAUAAUUAUCAGUUCAACCGGUUUCAAUUAUCGACGUUGUAGAUAUUUUUACGUCACUGCGGGUACACAGCCGACGCGAAUGACGGACGGUAAUACGUUGAAACGUUAAAACGAAUCCGAUGACAACCUCCGGAUUCGGCGGUAACACGGUGGAACGACGAUGUCGACGAAACCGGGCCUAGAGCCGCGGGUCUUUCGGUCGAAACGUUUCGAGCGGCGUGAAAUUCCCCGCGCAGCCGUUCGGAAAUGUCGUUUUUCGUUCCGAGGUUAUUUACAACGGGCGGGUGGCCCGCCGAAGUUUCGAACGUGGACGUCCCGUACCCGUAACCCCGCGUUAUCGAACAUUCCGCGUAAUAACAGCGCAGUUGCGCUAUGCGGAGCACGCCCGGGUAAUGUUAAUUGUGCACACUGAUAGGGUAAUCGAUAAAAAAAGGCGCUUUAAAACGUCCAGAAAAACAAAAAAAAAAAUCCCCGAAAAAAAAACGCCUUCGAAUAUUGAAAAAGGCGAAAAUGACAGCACAAGUUCAAAAGUCCCCGCUCCACCGACCGAUGGCUUAAGCUUAUUGAAUUCGAUUUCCCAACGCGCUACAGACGCGGUUCGCGCGGACAUUUCCUAUUCAAUAAAGCCCUACGUGCGUCGCGUAAAGGGGAUUGCUUUUUACGAAUCGUUUUUGCGUAAAAACGAUGUCGUUCGAUCGGUUAAAUCCGUUAAAUGGGGCACUUUCAAACGCGUAUAUUUCCCCGCGUCGCUCCCGGGGCAUUCGUGACGUUUUACUGAGUGGUUUUCCGCCGUCUUUAAAAGCGCGUGCGAAUCCGGUCACCAAUUGUCGUCGUUCGUUAUUUCGUAGGCGCGCAACGCGGUGUUUGUCCGGGACCCGCCCGGGCGGCGACGGCGGACGGCUCCGCGGUGUCGCGACGAAACGCCUCGGCCCGCGGGAUGCGUUGAACCCGCGCCGGUCGGCGUCCGAGGCUCGGCCGCGGCGAGAAGUGUCGCCGAAUAAUAAUAACAACAAUAAUGAUAAUAACGAUAAUUUAUUUCGGUGCGCUUGUACAACGCGCGCACGCGUAUGCGGAACGCGCGCGUGCACGUGACGUGUGUAGUGGUGAUGAUAACAAUAAUAAUAAUAAUAAUAAUAAUAAUAAUGAACGCCGGUGGUGUCGACCUUGAGAACGGAUGCACUCGAAUUCGCGCGCGGCGGCGUCUUAACAUACGCGUGCGGUGCGUACGGGCGCGCGCGCCGCCGCGCCGCACGCGAGUACGGUACGCAACCGGCGCGGCGGCGGCCCGUCGAGGAUUUUUUUUUUAUAUUUUUUUUAAUUUUUUUUUUUUGUUCCGCGCUCCGGGCCGGGAAAAUAAGAGCGAAAAAAGAACCGGCGUCGGCGCGGGGCGAACGCCGGGAAGCCGAGUCGACGCAAGACGAAAUGGCGUUUUUUGAGCGUGUUUUUGCACAAUUUUACCGCGUCUAGGAACAGACAGGUGCCCCGUCGACGUUUCCGGACGCCGCGAACGUUUUUCACCGAAUCGCAGCCGCAAAACAAAAUCGAAAAUAAUAAAUUAGGUACGUGAAUUGUUCCCGUGAAUUGUCCCGUUCUUUCUAUACGUGUUAUUCACUUCUCGGUUUUGCUCGAAAACCUACGCGGCGAAUCAAACGACCACAUUCUCCGUGAGCGUCGAAAUUCGAAAUGCGAUUAGGAAAAACAACCUCUGGGAAUUUUUCGAUUAAAGCAAUAGUUCUGGUGGCAAACAUGGUUCGCAAAAAUUAAAAACCAUAAAAUCGGCAACCCCCCGCGCGCGCCGCGAAUAUUUGCCGUUUUACCUAUAAUUUUGUUUCCGGUUUUUAUCAAUUAUUUUGAAAACCCCAUGUAAGAUCAACAAAAAUGACUUCUCUAUUGCAUCGACUGGAUAAAAUUUCUUUUCAGAAAAGCGGCACUCGACACAUCGGAGUGUGUUUUAUUUUCGAAAAGUUGUUUAUAGAUGGAAAAAAAAAACACAUUAUAGUAAAACCCUCGCUCCGAAUCUGAAAUUUAUAUAGGUCCACCCGUACAAUAAACCCGUUUUCUUUAUUUUCUCUACCUAAUAUUGCUUCCACUUUCCAUUAAAACUCGUCAUCAAUAAAACCAUUUAAAUUUUACCGUCCUUGACAUUUGUCCGCCCGGGGCAAUGAUGGCCCCUUUCGCCCCUCCUAUAAAUGCGCCGCUGACAACCGGUACAAGUCUGUGACGUCGUCGUUCCAAUUUCAUUGUUGAUUAAUGCUGUUAGAGAUCUGAUUGUAAUAAAAAAAAGCAUAAGCCGCGUGAACGACUUUUCCAUCAGAAAUCUGGCUCCGGCCAUCGACAUGGGGUUUUUUUCUGGAAGAAAAUGUCGCAUUGUAGGUGCGUUGAGGGAAUUGUUUUUUAAUUUUCCAUGUAUUAUGAUUUUCGAUGUUGUUUUUUCUUGUAGUUUCACUCAAAAUUAUGGUAGACACUUGAAAUGUUUACAGAAUAUUUACCCCUUUCCUGCGUUUAUAAAACAUUCUGGCGACUUUUCAGUUAUUUAUGGUCAUUUAUGCACACAGAUGUGAAUCGAAUCAAUCUGUAUGCCCCGGACCCGUGAACGCGAGUAAGCGUCACUCGGCUGUUGCGUAGUGCGAACACGGCGAUUUUUUCGCAUGAUUUUACUCUAAGUAGGUAUGAAAAAUACGGACGUGAAUCCAAAAAAAGAAAAAGAAAGAAAAGAAAAUACGCUUCGAAUCUAAAAGUCGUGCGGAUAAGUAUAAUACAUAGCUACAUAGGUACCGAGGUAUGACCCGGACUCGCUUUCUUUGGCCGCACGAAAACCACGCCGUAUUAUUUUAUAUACGCUUAGAGGUCUUAUGUGCUCUUAUAACGUCUUGUAAUAUUAUAUACCUACUUACGGUGUAUGCAUAUUAGGCACGUAAUACCUAACCGUUAUUAUUGUACGUUACAUUGUGUGCAGAAGGUGGUGGUAUAUUUUCGUUUAGUCGCCGUUUAAAAUUUAAAAAAAAAAAAAAAAUCGUAAUUUUUUUAACACCAAACCGUAGAAACCAGUGUUUCACCGCAUCCGUAAUAUUGAGGAGCGAACGGGUUUUACACGCUCUGCUAUACGUGAAAACCUCGUCGUUAAUAGUUUGGCGGGGGAGGGGGCAACUGAAUCGUCAAAUUAAAAUGACCGCGAACAAAAAUUAGUAAACUCGUUCAUGAACUCAAAAGAACUUAAUUUUGUUCCGAUACGCUCAGCGCACCCCCCCCCCACCUUCCCCCUAUUGCCCAAAACAUACUCGCCGAUCCCCGCCGCCCGAAAUUCAAUUCACCCGGCGGAAACGCUCGGAAAUUCGACUCGAGACGUUUUUCUUUUCGAACAUCAUUUCGAUUGCACACCGAUUGUCGCGGGCUCGGUUACGUAAUACUCGUAGGUUGGGAUUUAUUUACGCGUAUUUCGUUUUAUUUGUUUUUUAGCAGACGUUUUUUUUUUUUUUUUUUCCUGUAAAUAUUUUCCCCGUUAUAGAACACAUAAUAAUAUUAUUCGUUUCGAUACGGUUACUUUCAUAUAUAAUAAUAAUAAUAACAAUAGUACACAAUACACACGCGAUAUACGUCCGUUUAUACGGCUACACGUAAUGUAGCGCGCGUUAUCUACGUGAAUUUCUCUACUCUCUGGCGUUACAUUUUAUUACUAUUAUUAUUAUUAUUAUUAUUUUUUUCUCGCAUUUAAACCUUUUUGGCGCGGAAACAUCGUUAUAUGUUAUAUGUCUUACAUAAUCGAUACCGAAUAUACGGACAGUUGGGUACCUAUGAUAGCUAGCUGUGCAAAUUAAUAAUUUAUAAAGUCAUUGUCUGAUGUGAUACGGCUAACGAGCGACGAUCGUUGAAUGGUAAUUCGAAUAAUAAUCGUUAUUGUAGCCACCGUUUUGUUUUCUUCAAAAAAUCCAGCCGAAAAAAUUGUUUCGAUCAUAAAUAUUCGUGGCAUGAGUUAUACGCAGGUUGUUGCUCCAGUAUAAGACUCUUCGAUUAUUCUAUAGUCAAAUAAUCAGCGAGCAAUCGGGAAAAAAACAAAAUUGAAAAUGUAACAUUACUCGUAUAAUAAUUAUUAUUGUUACAAUGUUACGGGUAAAAUAAAAUACCAUCUGAACGAACUUCUUUUUUUCAACAGGCUAUAAAAUAUUUUGAAAAAAAAAAAAAUGAUAUUUUCUUCUAUAUAAUUGCGUGAGAACUCGUGUAGAUGUAUAGGUUUACUCAGCAGACUGUACAGCGAAUACUUCUUCGUCGUAAAAAAAAUAAAAAAAAUAAAAAAAAUAAAAACAAUUGUUGUUGUUCAAGUGUGAAUACAUUUAAUUAAUUGUAUUAUUUUAAAUCGGAUUGUUUAAUAAUUGGUUUAGAAGACUAGUACCUAAUAUUUUGUUUUACCCGCGUGACAUGGGAAAUUCGCGUAAACAAAUUUUUUUUCCAAAUAGAUAACAUACCUAAACACUAAAUAGAUAAUACGAAAUGCAAUUUAAUUUCUUUAAACUUGGCUGAUUCGCGAUGAAAUUUUUAUGUUCCGACGAUACGAUAAUGACGAUAUUACAAUAAUUAUUUGAUAAUUAUGGUCCACGCGAGGAAGGGGAUUAGGGGAAGGGUCGGUACUCUUCCCCUCCGCAAAUACGUCUCUGAUUUCUGAAUUACAUUAAUUUAACCGAUGAUGACGGGUAUUUGGCGAACCGCAUACUACUUUUUAUGCAUUAUUAUAUUUUGUAUGCUUACCGAAAAAUUCUAUUCAAAUUGCCUGUUUUGUUUUUUAUUCUGUCUACGGCGUAUGUGUGUACCUACGGGGGAAAAAACAAAACACUCAGUCUGCAUAACAAUAUAGUCGAAAUGCUGCGAAAGUUUAGGCAUAGAAUUUGUAGUAAACAUUAUAAAACAAAACCAAAAACAAAAUUAGUACAAAGUUCAGUUUCCGUUCAUCGACUUUCGAAAUGAUCAUUUUAUUUACAUUAAUACGCAACGAAAAACUAUUACCGUGUUGUAGAAUAAGUAACACUCGCCCUUUAAAAGUUUUGUUAGAAAUUCGCUUUAUUACAAACAGUUUUCUGUUUUUUUACAAUAGGUAUUAAUAUGUUUAUAUUUACAAUCAAUUUUUAAGAUUAUUUUGCGAAAAUUGCAUCCGAUAAUAUUACGCCUCGGCUACCAUAAUACUAGGAUAGCAUCACAUAAUCACUGAAAUGCGACAAUUUUUCUUCUAUUGUAUUGCAAUAUUAUAUCAUAUGACAUCGACUCUAUAAUAAUAUGAUAUGAUCCCAAAUCAGAUAAGUAAAUACGAUCAAAGUUCGUACGUACCUAUUAUAAUAAUUACGAUAAUCGUAGAUGAUAAUAUAGGAACAACAUUGCAAUAACAAUUUAUUAUUUGAUAAUAUUGAUUAGGAUGUCCCCAUAAUGAUAAGGACAGUACAAAAUAUAAUCAAGAAGAUAUACUCAUAUUUAAAUUUGUAAUAUUUGAAAACUAAAUAUUUAUUUAUUUAUUAUUAUUAUAACAAAAUUACUGAUAAUAAUACAAAUGAUAUAGACGUCCAUAGGUUUUUUUUACAAGUAAACUAAAAUCAAUAUGAAUAACAUAUUACAGCCGGGUAUUGUUACAAGACAAAACAUAAGAAAUUAACAAAUUUAAACUAUGACAGAAACAAAUUAAAGUUACUAGUAUUGAUAAGUUUUAUCACCUUAACUAAGGGUGCUGCGUUACCAUAAUUUAAUCUGGGGAAAUGGAAUCAUAAAAACCGGCAAAUAUUAUAAAUUUAAUUGUAAAAUAGUUUUGUCUAGGGGCUUUCGGCCACCUUUAUUCGCUCGCUCACGUCGGACUUUUAAUCGAAAAUAAACCCCGAUUUGUUAUGCAACGUAAUUUAACGUCUGGUAGAUUUUUAUUUCGUGUGCAGUGUAUUUUAAUAUGAAUACGAUUCUUAUAAUUUUCGGACAAUUGCUUACAACAUAAUACCACGAUGAAAUCUAAACAACAUAAUAAUGUUAGGAAGUUAUGAUGUAAUAUAUUAUAUUAUCGGGCAUUUCAGUUUAUGUACCCGUACGCAACGAUAAAUCAUUGCUACCGAAAAACGAUUCUGAACGAUGUUUCGUUUAAAACGUUUAACUAGAACUGUAUUAUAGUUUCCAAACACAAAAUAAAUAAUAAUAAUUGUUCAUAUUUUUUUUGUGCCGAAUUACCUAGCAUUUUCAUAAAGUCGAACUAAUUGUAUUCACAUAAAUAUGUGAAAUGCAGGGAUUGUCACGAAAUACUCGAAAAUUUCAAAUAACUUUAAAUAAAUUAAAAACCGUUAGAAAUAUUAUGAAAAUUGUGCCACGUAAUUUCAGAUCUCUACGGACAUUUUUUACUGAAUUACAUGAAAAACAAAAUCAAAAUUGAAAACAACAGAAACCGUUAUCGCGUACUUUUCCGGCAUUUUCGCCAAUAAUUUAGAAAAAUAUUAGGAAAAUAAAAAAUACCUCCCCGAUGCAAUAACCAAGGCGAAUUUUCUUCAAGAAAAUAACGAUCUCUGAAAUUAACGACGGAGCUUGAUUUCCGGGUAAAAAAUUUGUAACAUGUAUAUAGUAAAACCAAUACACUCUUCGCUGUACGCACAAAAAGCUCAAAAAGAAAAAUAAUUAUUUGAUAUUGGUCGGCGGUGCCAGAUAAAGUUGGGACGCAAUUCAAUUUUAGCGAAAAUCUAGGACGGAAUUAGCGUACUCGCGUACAGUUACUGUGUUUGUAUUCCUUUAUAUUUUUGUGCUUACCCGUCUAUAGCAGGUGCAGCGUAAACCGCGUGUUUACCGUACGAAUAAUAUACGACAGAUUGCUAUAUUUACCGAACAGGGGAACGCGAAAAAUCGUUUCCUGGUAUAGCUAUAUAAUAUAUAUACAUAUAUGUACAAAAAAAAAAAAAACAAAAACAAAAACCGCGCGAACACUGCAGUUCUAUAUGGGAAUAUUAUUUCAUUUUCGAUAAUAGUAAAUAUUUUCCGAAAAACGAAAGGAAACCCAAAAAAACUCGUUUCUCCCGCGGCGGUGGGUAGGUACGACAAUAUUGUAAUGGGUAAAACUAUAAAAUUCGAAAAAUCCGACUGUAACACCGACACCGUUAUACGACAGACCGAUUUUCAUUACGUACGUCGUCGUGUAAAACCGCGAUAAUUAUUGUUGCAAUAAUUUCGCCUAAUAAAACGGGCUGUCGUCGUCCGUUGAGUCGACCGAUGUGCAGUGUAAAGUUUUAGUCAAAUAAUAAAUUAUUCGAUGCCCGCGCGUCAUUGAGCGUGAAAGUAAAGUCCGUAUAGCUUAUUGUAACGUGACAACUCGCCGUAACAUUUUUCUAAAUUUAUCGAAUUUUAACCUAUAUAACCUGAUAUACUAUUAUACACGGGAUGUACGACGACGACGACGACGACGACGACGACGACGAUGAGUAUACGCCGCGAUUUUGGCAUUUGAACAAUAUUUUCGUCCGAAUAAUAGGAUUAUAUUCGGUUACCGAAAAAUUGCGCAAUUUGUUUAUUUGCCAACAAAUGAAAAAAAAAAAAAAUUGUAAUUAAAUUAAUAUGGAUUUGUCAAAACGUAAUAUUAUUAUGAAAAUAAACAGUCCAUAUGAUUAUUAUAAGUUAAUGUACUCCGAGAUAUUGCGGUUUUGUCAAGUUCUGUUUUUUAUAUAUAUAUAUAUAUAUAUUUCUUUUUUUAGGUACUUCCUGGUUUCUAUACCAGUAAAAUUAUUUACGAUUUGAUGUAAACUUAUAUACAUAUACAAUUUGCAGAUGCCACGUUAGAUUUGUCCAAUAUAUUAUUAUAUUUUCAUCGCUCGUCAGUGACUAAUCAUAUUUAAAUUAAUUUUUUUUAUUAUUAUUAUUAUUAUUACUAUCAUCGGUAUAAAGAAUAUCCAAGUUCGGAUUAAGGGGAGGGACAAGAGAUCCGUGGUUCCCGAGCCACAAGACUACGGGGGCCUAACAUUUGCCUUUGACUAUGUAUUUUGAUAUUUUAUUAUCUUUUCGCCGACAGAUUUCACACUGCUGGAAACUACUGUAUACAGUACCUCUUUGUUUUAUACAAAUAUAUUUAAAUAAUAAUACUUGUGACAUGAAUUGAUAUCUAUUGUCUCUCAAUAUAUUAUGUAUUGUUUAUCUUUUGUUAAAACCUUAAAACAUAUUGAGCAAUAAUUGUUAACAAAUUGUUUUUAUUAUUCUUUUUGAGGGUCUUAUCGAACAUUUUUUCCUUCAAUCAUUAAUCGUGUAAAUCUAUAAUAAUGCUAUCAUGAAUGAAUAAUGAAUCCGCGGUCCAUUUACGUUUUCUAACUUUUUGUCCACAUCUGCAGUUCGGUCUGCAUCGUGCCUCGACUGUAACAGUCGAGUUAAUUGACUAAAAACAGACACGCCAAACCACGCGUUCAGGUGACUGAAACAGAAAGAACUGAUUCAUUUAUGCCAAAAGCUUGGCUGACAUGUCAUAUGCGGCAUGCGACUGAACUGAACUGCACGAAUCACCCGCAUUUGAUUCUAAAUUUUAGGUCUCGUCUUAAGCCGGAAAUUCGGUUGAUUUCUGGCUUUUGAGGCUACGGGAAAAAUGUCAAAAUAUCAAUAAAUAACCCAUAAUACACUUUCUUUUCGUAAACUAUAGUGUAAUCCGUAGUAAAAUUUUUGAUUUUCACUACUUUUAAAAUACAACUUCGUGGACACCACGAAAAUAUAUAAUUUGUACCUAUUUCUUUGUAUAAAUACCGAUGGAAUUCUGAAAUACUCUUUAUAAGAGCCUAUUGAAUAAAUCUAGGAAACAUUUUUGUAAACAAACUCUUUUUCUCAUCAGUUGGAAAAUUCGAUAAGUUAUUGGUCUAGCAAAAUAUAAUGAAAUGGCGACGCCACUGCCACCGGCGCGCUCGCUCUUUUAGCUCGUUGUUUUUAUAGAUUUCGAAAGAAAAAACGCGUCAAUAUAAUAUUACGAUGUAUUUCUAUAACGCAUUGUUACUGUAUAUUAUUAUUCAUAAUACAUAUUAAUUAAUUUGCUCGCAUUAGACCCCGUUGUACCUGGUAUAACGAAAUUAUCGAGGUUAAACUUUUUCUGGCCGCGAACAAUACACGAACGGGCAUCAUUCGCGAUAUUAUAAAAACUAAUUGUAGGCCGGCGUCUAUAAUGCCACAGUGUACGUGUUGUUUUCCGCCAAAUGUAUCGAUGAUUUUUACGCAGGAGAAUAAUUUUUUUCAACGUUGCUGCUAUAGUAUUAUAAUUAUCGUGGUUUUAGUACAAUAUAAUACGUGUCGCGGCACCUGAAUAAAGAAACAAUAAAUAAUAGCUUUUCGAAUCGAUAUAACAUUAAUUUUCGUCUCUAAAACGUACCUCUAUACCAAUCGUUUAUGUAUAAGUGAACUCGACACCGAACGAUGCAGCAACACCAAAUUGAAAAACGGGGACAUACACUUCACACCAUCAUGCGUAAGCCACUGUUGUCGGUUGGGAAAUCGGGAAAUGGUGUAUAGGUACGGUAAUAUAGGGUAAUUUAUUUUAUGCAGCAAGUGUUGGGAAUCCAGAACGGGUUUUCAAAUAAAAUACUACCGGACGACAAAUCCGCAUCUUUUAACGUAUACGGCGUGAAAAAUUCGAAGCAUUUUUACAAACCGAAAAAGUGUUAUCCGUGAUACGGGGGGGGGGAAGACACACACAUACACACACACACACACACACACACGUUAUCUUAGUAAAACUAAUGGCUUCUUAGCUACGGUUAAAAUCUAAAAACACACUAUAUUAAAUAAACUCAUUUGUAUUAUCGCAAAUAAAUCGUUCAAGUGUUUCGCGUGACAUGAUAUACAUUUGUUUUUAUGAUACUUGUUUGUUUUGUUUUAAAUUUGUUUUUAUUUCGAGGAUAUUCGCAAGUUUUGAGUGAAUUAUUAUCGUGACGCGCGUUGAUACAGAAUUGUAUACUACAUGUACGUACGUAAUCAAAAAUAAUAUAAAACGUGUAGUUUGAAUUUUCAAUGUCAGGACGAUGCAAUAACGUUUAUUUUUACUCGACGACGAUUUAAAAUGUCGCGGGCGUUUAAUAUUAUAAGACAGGUUAUUAUUACUAUUAUUUUUUUUACGAAUUUCAGUUUUCGGUAUUUAUCUAUACAAAAAGAAGUAUAAUAUUAAACAUGUUUAUGGUACGUGAUAGUAACCAAAAAAAAACAACAUUUCUAUAAAAAUUGGAUGACUGAGAACAAAGUCAUAUAACUAUGCGUAUAAUCAAAAAACUAAGUAGUAUAAAAUUUAUGUACGCAUAAAAUGCAAUAUUCAAAUUUUGUAAUUAUACUUUUUUACUUUUUGUAUAAAUCACACUUUGCAGUAUUUCAUAAUUUCUAUAAAAUCCAUAAUUGUACGUGUCGUACUAAUCAAGAAAGUCGUUAAUUUAUAAAAAAAAAAGUACUAUGAAUAACUACAGUACUGAAAAUUGUGAAUAGAUAAGUCGUUUUUUCGAAUAUACUUUCAAAUCGCGAAUAGGCUAAUGUGUAAAUUUAAAAAUCGUAAAAAUUAAAAAUCGCUUUAUAUUUUUCAUUAAUAUUAGGUACAUUUAGGAUCACUUUUAACCCAAAUAUUUGAUUAAUUUCUAUAAUAAAUAAACAGCAAAAGUAUAGGUAGUAAAAAAUAUAUAAAUAAUACAAUUUAUACAUAAAAAUAAAAAAAUAGUUAAUGCGUGACUGUGAUAUACCUGAUGAUGAAUUGUUAAUUCGAAACCGGUCGUAUAAUACACUUAUCAUAAUAUUUCAAACGACGCAUGGAUUCAUUUAUUUAUUUUUUUUUUUAUUUAUACAUUUUUUUAUUUAUAUAUUUUUUUACUAUAUUUAUUUACGAGUAUUAACCGUUUAAUAAUUUUGUUUUUACUUUAUUAUUUCAAUGACAAAAGUGUAUUGUUUAAAACGAACAUAUUAAAUAAAUGUCUAAUAUCUAUGACCUAUGGUAUACAUUAUGAGAUAUUAUACCAUUUCGAUGAAAUAUAGACACAAUAGAAAAUUCAAAUAAUCAGAAUAAUUUUAUACUAUUUAAAUAAUUGUACGAUGUAAUCAUCGCGAUAGUAUACAAUUAUUUAAUAAGGCGGAAUCAAUUUUUUUUUUUUAGGAAAAUCACUUACCCUCGUGAAGUUACUAAUGCAACAAAACUUUGCAAAACCGCGUUAACAAUGCCUACUCGGUCUUGUUAGAAAACUGUUGGUUUUCGUUGGUAACCUCAAAAGAAAUAUUUAUUAAUACGAAACGAAUCCGUAAAUGACAGUAUUGGUAACUGGACUAUUAACUAAGUACUGAGACUUAAACUAAACUAUUAACGCUAGUUGACAUACUGGCUUAAGAGCCAGUACUGAACUAGAAGUUGAUGGUAAAAGAAGAUCGUGGUUUUUAAAGUAAUUAACUUGAAUUUUAAUAUUCAAAUUGUUUUUAAAGUAUUGUAUUAAGUACAACAAUAUCGAGUAUGGUCUAUAAAUAAAUAUAUUGUUGUAUGUGGUUUUUUUUUUGUUUACGUAUGUUUCGCAUACAGUGCUGAAAGAUAUGCACAUGACAAUAGUACUACAGACUCCGAAGUUUAAUUACUAUUGAAAUUCCAUACGUCCCACAAAACCCAACAAUUGUUUAAAAAAAAAUCAGUUAUUGUUAGAAAUGUUUUCGCAAAGACUUAGUGCUUUCACGCGGCUAAAAUAUUUGCGUUCUCAAAAAAAAAAAUAAAUUGUACGAAACAGAAUACCGAGUAUAUAUUAUUAUCAUAUACAAUACCGCGUUGUCGAAAUUUGAGAUUUCGAAACUCCGGGUCCCGGGGUAACUACAUUAUAUCAUCAUUAUCGCUUAGUUUUUCGCGCAGUUUAUAUAAAUACUCGGCGAAAUAAACAACGAAGCCAAAUAUUGUUUACUAAACCGACGCGAUUUCUAAUGCCAAUUAACCUUUUAAACGUGAUAAAUUAGUAUUGCAAUGAACUGCGCGGGUAGGUACCUGCAGGUAAAACUCGUGUAUUAUAUCUGUGCCUUAAAAGAGAGAAUCUCCGCAUAAUUAAUUCCGCGUUGUUUUAAUAAUAUUGUGUGUGUUGCGGACGAGCAGCUUUAAAGAUUUUUUUAUAUUUUUUUAUUUUUUUAUUUUAUAGUUUUCCUCGCUAAUAAUACGAGUUUCUGUGAUUUAGAGAACGGACGACUGUGUCGUUUGAUCUGGUAAAAAAUUACCUACGUGACAAUUAAUUACUGUCGAUCCGUGUCGAAAUCUCUGUAUAUUUUUAAUGUCCCACAAGUUUAAAAUUUAUUAUAACUGUAUACCCAUAUCUGAUAAUUGAGACUCAUUUUUUCUCACGGCCAAUCGAAUUUAAUUUUUACAGUCUUCCGAAAUAUCCCGUAGAAAUGCACAUUAAAAUGUCCGGAUACUAUGGGGUAACGUUAUAUUAUAUAUGUUACGGGCAAAAGCCAAAAUCGGGCAAAUCUCAGAAAUGUCCGGGCAAAACUCCAUGUUUCGGUAUUUCCCGGACAAACCUAGCUGUGACCAAUCUCAUUCGGCCAAAUCUGUAACGUACACACAUUUAUUUUAUAAAUAUAUACAUUUGAUAAUUCUAAUGAAUAAAUAUUUUUUAUAACAAUUUUACAACAAAAGUAGCUACGGUUUUGCCCAAAUGUUUAUUUUAUAUUGUCACUUUAUGUCAAAAACCAGAUCUUUCUGAGCAAGGAUCAAUUUAUUACUGAAGAGAGCGAGUAGUAUAAAAUUAUUAUUAAAAGUAGAGUAUUGUAAUAUUAUUGACACGGUACCUACCUACUGUGAAAAGUUGAAAUUUACGUUACAGAUUUGCCCGAAUAUAAUAUAUAAUAUAUGUAUAUUAACUUAGAACUAGGUAUAAUCCAAACGUUUUUUUUAACUAAUCUUAAAUUUCACCGAUGUAGUGUUAUAAUAUUAUGUACUUUAUAUUGUACAAUUUUGUGAAAUUUAAUUUCGUUUGUAAAAAAUCAAGUGUACAAUAAUAGCUUGUUCAUGAAUAUUAGUUUUGAUAUAUCCGAAUUCGAAAGUCCGGGUACUGGGAUAACUAUCAUCACAAUUCAUUUGUAUUAACACACUUAUGGGGCACGGCGGCACCAGCCUGUUUUUUGACUUAAAAAUAUAUCUUACGAGAAAAACUCAUGCUUUGUAUAGUGGUCAGAUUUAAAUUAUUUUUUUUGUUUAGGAAAUAGGAAGACUUCUAUCCACACCACAUCAAACUAAAUUUUUUAAUAUUUUCUUCUCAAUCUUUAUAAUACGUCUUUAAAAAAGGCUAAUUCAUAACCUUUUUUACCAAAGUUGUAUACCAUUGUUUAAAAUCAAGUGAAAAAUCAGAGUUCAAUGUGAUCAAUAUAAAUUUUGCUCUGUUUGAUAAUUAAAAAAAAAAAAAAAGAAUGAUUGGCACAUAUAGUUGAAUUAGAACCAAAUGGACGUAUCAACCAAAGCAACUUUUACAGAAGGCGAACACAGUUUUGUUUUUUUUUUUUAAAUUCAACAUAUAUCUUUUUUAUAAAUUACUUAAAAAAUUUAAAAUAUUGUUUUUUUUUUAAAAAAUUUAAAAUAGCCCUUCCCCUUUAAUGGGUUUUGGGCAGUAAAUUAGUGGAAAAGGAGUAAAUAACUAUCAAAUUUACGGAAUUGUAAAUGUUCUAGGUUAGAUUGGGUUAGGUCAAAUUUUAAAAAAUUAAAGAAAAUUCGGAAUACCGGCACCGGGCUCCGUAAUACCUACCGUUGUGCCCAUAUAUGUUUCCCUCGAAUAUAAAUUAAGCUUUUUUUUUUUUUUUUAUGCAUACGAUAUAUUCGACCGACGAUUAUAAUAUAUUAUAUACCUAUAUAUUGUGUUUAUUGCUCGCGCGUACCACAAUAUUUGAUAGAUUAGGGGAUAAACCCGUUCGUGGCAAGGUUAAAAAACUUUCCCGUGUACACAUAUAGGUAUAGAACCAGUAUAGGUGUAUUAUAAUAACAUGUAACCGUAUCGUUAUUAUUAUUAUUAUUAAAACGUAAUCUUCAAUUAGGAUGUAUAUUAUUAUAGCAGUAGUACACGAGUAUGUAUUAUAGAUACCCGUCGUCAUAUGUUUUUAUUUUAUUUUUUUUCAGAACAAACGCGUUUUAAACAAUAAUAAUAAUUCCUGUGUAUACGUAAUGGGUGGGUAUACACCCGAAAAAUUACAUAAAAAAAAAAAAAAAAAAAAAAAAAAAAAAACGAAAAUUGAAACGUACGAGGUACCUAUGUCCUAUAUACAACUGUUGUGUGGGAACUAAUCAAUUUGUCGGGUAGGAAGAGAAAAAAAAACACGGUACGUACAAUAACGCGGUAUUACACGCGGCUUAUCUUUAUAACCGAAAAAACUGACACAACUGGAUCGUUGUUGAACUAUAUAAUAUAAUAACUAUGAUAAUAUUAUAUAUAUACGCAGUCACUAUUAUUAUAGACACUUGUGUGGAUCUCUACGACUGCUCUACUAUACAACUUAUAAUAUUAUUAAUAUAUUACAUAUAUUGUCGUGGACGUUUACAUAAUGGGAGGAAAGAGGGGUGGGGGGAAGGGAGAGGGUCAACGCAUACGAGCGCGUUUCUUUUCAUUCACUAAAACACGACUGUCGACUGUGUAUAAGAUUAUUACUAUACAUAAUAUAUAGGUACUCACGGCUGUGGUGGUGUCGUUUCAUUCUGUCGCCAAACAAUGAUUUUUUUUUUUUUCUUUUACUUUUAAAAUUUUUUUCCCGUCGUCGAACGAACACACGCAUCACAAUAAUAUUACAAUAUCAUGUAUUUUAUAACUCGGGCGCACCUAUAAUAUUAUAUUAUUACAUGUAUAGUAGGUUCGCCGGGUCGUAAACGACGACGUCAACACGUCACCAAUCCUUUGCGUCAUACGCAGAGGACCUCUGUGAUACAUUAUGAUAUACAUAAUAUAUAUAUAUAUAUCCAGCCACUAUAUUAUCGAAGCUAAAAAAACAAAAAUAUUGUGACACUUUUUUUUUUGUCGGUAAUUUGCAGUGACUUACCUAGGAUUUUAUUUGUUUUUGUUUUUGUUUUUUUUUUUUGGGGAGGGGGGAGGGUCAAAGUUGUUCGUUAUUAUAUUAAACACAUAUGUUGGUAAAUUAUUGUUCGGUUUUUAAAUUCUACGGAAACAAUGUACGAACGAGUUUGAAUUUCAACAAAUUAUUUAAAUCCACAUCUUUAUUGGUAUAACAUGAAAAGUCGGAUCGUUUUAAUGAACUAAAAAGAACUUGUAGUUUCUUUGCUUCAUUCAGAAUCUAAAAGUGUUUAAUCGUUAGUAGACAAUUUUCAAACAAAAUCGUAUGUUUUAAAACAACGUUAGGUUAGGUUAGGUUUAUGUAUAAAUAGAGAAUAAUAAAGAAAAAUUAAACGAUCGAUUUUCAGAUUUAUAAAAACAGAAACCCAAAAUUUAUGUUUUCGAAUUUUGAAAUCGGAGUUUUUCCUGCAUGCGUUUUCUAUAUUCGAUUUAAACAAUUAGUUACACACGUAGGAUAUAUUAUACUCGUGGUGUUUCGUCCGGGAAGUAAUUAGAUAUAUCGGAAAUCGUUUGUCGCGGUAUGUAUACAGGGUGUGACGGCGUGUACCUUAUUUCGACGGUAUUGAACAUUUCGAAAUCAGAAAUAUCGAUUUCAGUUUUUAAAUAAAUCUACCUGUAAAUACAUAGUCAGGCCACAGAAAAAAGUAAAUGAAAUUUUAUAUAUUUUGGUACAUACUGCAGUUAUGUAUCGAAUUGAAGAUAAUUUAUAAUUUUCAGUUAGGUACUUCUAUUUUUUACUAUAUAUAACUGUGGUCCACAGAAAUAAUUCCCUAAUUAUAAUUGGUCCACAGGAUCGUCUAAAUUUUAUAUCACAAGAGAAUAUAUGGCAGAAUAAUACUCUAUGAAAUUCGUUAAAAACAUCUAAUAUCGAUUGAAAAAACUAUCUAAAAAACCGUAAAUGGCGGCUCUGCCAGUUUGAAACGCUUUACGGGCCGUGUUAGUAUUACAAAAAAAAAAAAAAAAAAAAGUCUGCUUUUUCGAUAUUGUCACGCCAUAAAAUGCGUACGGUCUGUAGUAUAGGUUUCGAAUCUACACAAUAGUAUGAAAUCUGUGUAAAAAAAUUGUACAUUUUUUGUUAAACUGAACAAAGCUGAAAUAUUAUUUCAUGUUAUUGUAAAAAAAAACGACGAAUUUAACACCUGCUACAGGUCGUCGUGCGUCGCUCUGUACACUCGAACGGGGAGGGGGAGGGCAACAAUAACAAAUUACAAUAACGUGAAAUAUGUAAACUAUAUUAUUACCGCACACGGACCCGGAAUACGUAACCGUUGUCUGCAGUCGCUCCGCCGGCCGGUGAAAAUUUAAAACGGUUGCCAGACACGUAUCAUCGGCGACACGACGACGACGCACACGGGCCGGAAAGAAAGAUAUCAUCGCGACGGUAUUAUACAAUACUCGUAUUAUUAUUAUUAUCAUAAUAUUUUGUCGUCAUUCGUCGCAUAGUUAAUCAGUUUGAAAACUUCUUUUUGCCGUCGACUGUUAUAAACGUUUUUUCGUCGUUGUAAUAUCGGAGGAUAUUAGGAGUUGGGAGGUGUUUUUCAUCCACGUAAGGGCCCUCCAUCACGACACUAUUUUCUAUUUAAUUUUCCAAAAAUUUAUUCGUAAGAAUUUAUUUGUGUAAAUAUUUCACAAAAUUUACGGGAAGGAGGGGGGGGGGAGGUUUCUUAUUUUAUCGAUUGACAACAGUGAAAAGUGAUAGCAAAUUAAUGUAGCAUUAUCGUCGGUUUCAAAACAUACGUAUUAUUAAAAUUGAUGCUAGACAGCUAGACAAAUGUAAGAGAGGCAGCACGCCGAAGCGUUAAGCGUGAAUAAUUUUUUAAACGGUUUGGGUACGCAAUUGGUAAAAACGGCAAACAUGGGGGGGACACAUGUGACCAAAAUAUAUUCGCCUAUUUAAUUAUAUUGUUUUUAAUUUAUAUUACAUUUUUAAUAAUACUUUAGACUAUAAAUUGAGACGGUAAACGUUUUUUUUUUUUUUUGUUUAAGAUAAGUACUUCGAGUUAUAUCGAACAUCGAAAUAGAAGUAUUUUUUUUUUUUGUGAUAUCUACCGAUUUCAUUCGUUUAUCGGCUUAUACCAUUUGUAUUCAAUAUAAUUAUUCGAAAACAAUUAAUCGUUCGACAUGCGUUUUUCUAUUUGAUUCACGUAUAAUUUAUCGUUAAUCAAAUACAUGAAAUCUUAAAACUUGCAUUCGUUUUAAUAAUAAUAAAAAAAAAAAACCAAAAUUAUAUAUUAUUCCGGAAAGACCGAAACGUUAUUUUUUCGGGUCGAACGAGUCACUUAAUAUUUUGUCAAACGCCCCGAAGUUAUAACAAAACGUAAUGUGAUUCUGUACGCAUGAUAUUCAUAAUUUCGUGUGCAUUGUGCAUGCUUGGUAAUUUUCCGUCUGAGAAGUAGUCCGCAUUAUAGUCUGCUGCGUUGCUCUAUGCCCGUUUGUUGUUAUUCAUCAACGUUCAAAAUGUGUAAACUUAUUUCAAUUCGUUUGGGUCGCGUUUGGGUGUAGACUGUAGAGGUCCGUAUACCUGUAUUUUAUUAUAAUAGCCACUUGUGUUCAUGAUAUGCCGACACGUUGACAAUGUCUCAAAUAGCAGCAUUAACGAAGGGGUUCUUUAUUUGUUUGAAAAGAAAAGCAACGGGUAAUAAUCAUUGAGGAGGACUCGGCCGGAGACUUAUUUGAUAAUUUUCAUAAAAAUGAGUUAUUGUUACAGGUCGAUACGAGUAUAACAUGCCUAAUGUUAUACUGUUAUAACAUGUGAAAUAUUAUUCUUCCGUUAUAAUAAUUUUCACACUUUUCAGUUGUGUGAAUAGGCAGACGAAUUCCUGACUCGAUGGAUCGACGGAAAUUGAUUUGUUUGUAUAUUAUACUUAUAUAUAUAUAUGUAUAUAUACGUGGCUGUACGCGCCUGUAUACGUUUACAAAUAUUGUCAACAUUCAAUAUUUUGGUAUACCUGACUGGAUAAUGUAAUUGUAAAUAAACGUGACAAAUAACUAUUGAAUACGCCCUACAAUAUAAUACAAUAGUAAUUAUUUUUGUCUUAUUCGAAUACGUGCAAUUCACAAUUAUAUAUUACUAUAAUCAUUUUUUUUUUAGUAAUUAAUAACUAUAGUAAUUACUUAUCUGUACAAAAAAAAAAAAAAAAAAAAAAAACGUUUGAUACCUAUUAUAAUAUUAAACAUUUUUUUGUUUUGAAACGUGGGAUAGUACUCAUUCAAUUUUAUACCCUUAAAGGUUUUCAGAAUGAGUUUCCCAAAAAUACUGAAAACUAUAACACAUCACUGGAUUAUUUAUAAUAAAACAUUAUUUUGUAUAGUUAAAAUAUUAUAAUGGUUUUAUUUUUUAUUUUUACCAAACACAUUUGUCUGAAUUCCAUAAGAAAAAGGUAUUUUGAAAUUCUCCUUUACAAAGGAAACCCCCUUUCUUCAGUUUUUAUUUUAAAAUUUGAUUUUUGAUACGCUUGAAUUUUGAUUUUAGUCUACUGAUUUUUAUACAUUACCGGUAAAUUGAUUAAAUAUUAUUUAUAUUAUCUGAUCAUCGAACUUAUCGAAUACAACAUUUUAAAAUUCUUUUUCGUUAGUUCGGUAAUACUUUGCAUAUUAGCCAAGUAUGUUAUGUAUUUUUUGAAGUGGAAAAAUACUUAAAUACACUCCAAUAAUAACAAUUCAGGUAAAAAAAUAAUAAUAACGCGCCGAUUCCAAAUUUGGUCAUUAGCCAAUGAAUAAAAACUGGUUUCUGCAGUAUCUUUGAGCUUCUUUUCUUUUUUUUAUAUUAUACACGUAUCUACAUACACAAGAUAUGUAAAGUGUAUUAUUUUUUAUUGAUCGUAAUUAUUUGUGUAAAAUAUUACCGCUUCAAUUUAUGUUUAAAAUAAAACGACGAAAUCAAACAAUACUUACAAAAAACCAAAUUGAUAUGUAAUCUUAGGUAUACCCCAGGUAAAGUGCCUACGAAACAUGUACGCACAAUAAAUAAUUCAUUGGGCUAAGAAAAAUAUAUAUUUUUAUAAAAUGCACAAUUUUUGGCCCGUAUAGAAUUGUUCAGUCGAUUGGGCAUUGCAACGGUGUUGUACAUAGUAUACAUGUAUAUAGGUAAUAGGGUAUUUUAUAAUAAUAAUAUACAGAAAUAUAAUAAUAUAACGCGUAUGUGCGUGACAAAAUUUAUCAAGGUAUUACUAAUUUACACCGGUGCGUCCAAUGCGAUUAUUUUUAGAGACGGUAAGUGUACACCGCACGUCGCGUAGGCGGCCGGCGUUUUAGUCGAUAACUCACUCAGUGCAGUCUUAGGGCUGACCCAUUUUCGCGCCAAAACGCUCUUUUUUGCUACACGAUAUUUAUAUAAUUAGGGCUGAGGACUGCUGAUGUUUAAAAAUCUUAAUAUUCUUUCCUGAAUUUAUGCACUUAAAAUAUGCUGUAAAAAAAUAAAAAUAAAAACGUAUACCGUAUAAUAUGAUAAUUUAUGAUACAAAUAUUAUUUUGUAUAUUAUUUCGCAGUUAUUUCGAAAUGAUUAAUUGCCGCCUUUGACCAGGUUACCCGCUUUGAAACGGUUGUUUGGGAGGGGGAAGUGAUAAGAGAAGUUUUUUUUAAAUAGGUUAUUGCGAGACGGAACCGCGCAGAACACUUUCUUUACUUUCGCUACAAUACUUUAUUGACUUUUAAAAAAUGCCCGUCGAAUUGUUCGGCCGACCCGAUUAAAUGCGUUAUCGGCGGUUCGGUUUACCCGCGGAAUAGUGCAAAUUUUAUACCGAAAAAUUGGAUAAUUUUGGUUUAACGGGAGGGUUUUCUUUCGACAUAAACUACGUACAGACAUACAUCGUACAUUCUUAAUCCUUGGGUACUCGUCGAGCAGGUACUGUUUCGAUCGUUAUACUUUGUGAUCGUUUAAUGUUAUUUUUUUUUUUUUUAAAUUUUAAAAUUUUGUUCCGCCGUAUUCGUCAUUUGUUAACAUUUCACGCUUAUUUGCCAGACAACUCGUAUAUUCGUUAUCAACAAAACUCCGUAGUAGAAUUUUUAAUUAAUUUUUCAAUCCCGUAAAUAUUACGGACGGAACGUUCGAGCACCGUUAUAAUGCAUACGAACGGUAUGAUUCGUAGAUUUUCAAAAAAAUGUCAAAUUCCGUCGAUAAUCCGGUCGAAUCGCGGUAUAAACGUUUGCGUUUCACGUUUUGUCGUAAACAUACCUAUGUACCAUUAUUCGGAUUUAUUGUGCGGUAUCGGGUACAUGUACAAGCCCGCAACAGAAAUUAUAUUGAAUUUCGCAACACGCCCGUCAAUGUUGACAAUAGUUAUAAUCGAUUUACGAGUACCGCGGUAACGUUAUGGUAAUAACAAUAAUAAUAAUAAUACUACGCGAUAUGUCGUUUUCGGCUAAACGCAAUAACAAGUCGCUUAUACUAUAGGCAUACGACUAAAAUAAUAAUACGAACCCGUACUCAUAAUAAGCACGAUAAAUUGAAAACAUGGCCUUCCCCCCUCCCCCCGAGAGAAGCGGACCUACAUUGGCAUUCGGCACGGACAUUAGUCCGAAAGUGAAUAUAAUUUUUUUUGUUUUUAUCAAUCAUUAAUAUUAAAUUUAAUUAUUUCGCCCCCCCCCACCCCACAACUAUAGCUAUGGGUCUGGAGACUCCGCUGCCGUAAAUGUCCGUUGCCGUGUGGUUCGGGAUGUUUUUCCGAUACCGAUAAUGACGUGUGUGCAAAGGCAAACGGAAUAUCUGAUUACUAUUAUUAUAACGGGAGCAAGUACGGCGAAGCCACACGCGCGCGAGGGGAAACCUUUGAAAAGUCGAAAUCGCAAUAUUUUACCGACGGGACACGGCGCGUUUGAUAAUAAUCAUAUUAUUAUUAUUUCCGUUGACCGUACAGCGAUAUUUCCGGCCGCACGGUUUAAAAAACCGUUCGGCCGCAUCCGAAUUGGUUCUUGUACUUACAAAUUAAACAAAUUAACUGCCGAUACUCGUUGCCCACCAACUGCGUUCGGCAAUCCACCAAUAACCGUAGACCGUAUGCAGCGUAUCAAGCCGUGUUUUCGUUCGCGUAACGGCGUCGAUUUUACGGCCGACGGCGAUGCACGAGGGAAAAUUGAAAUUGCUUUACAAAUAACCCGGUAACCGAAUUCGGAUGGUUACAUACGCUGCGUAACAACGUUAGACUGCGACGCACGAGUUUUGUUUUGUUUUGUUUUUUUUUUUUUUUUUUUUUUUUUUUUUUGACUGACAAUUUUCGAUCGUUUGUGCGUCGCGUCAAACACAAGUGUACUCGUACGAAUACACCUACGCAGACGGCUGUGCGCGCCAGCUGUGUACCUAUAUAUUUAUAUAUAUAUACGUAGAAAUACGCGUAUAGUGUACAUGCCCGAAAAGUCACAAAAUGUUUGAACAAUCCGAAAUAACACGAGGGCUGUUGUGGACGAUUUUAUACAGAACAUUUCGGAUUCCUGGGUCAUCUUUGUCAUUCGAGGAAGAAAAAAAUCGACGUAUAACCGAGUUCCACUAAAAAUCGUUUUUUUCCACGGUUAUGCGUUUAUUCAGUCGCUUACCUCUAAACAGUCUAAACUAUAAAUUAUCGCUUUGCAUACUAUUAUUUUCUUCUAACUAUAUUUCCAUCUAUAUAAUUUGGAAAUAAACACAAAUAAAAAAAAAUAGCAUGUAUUUACAAUUUUUUAAAUCACUAGGCACGAAAUGUUCACCGCGUAAAUAACUGUUCUGUUUGGGUGUAAAAUUUUUACGUUUGAUUUUAUGUUACCAUUUUUUUAAUACUUCAGGUCUUUUCAGAGGAAAUCUAGAACAUCGAGAUAAAUAAUCAAUUAUUUAUAAAUAAUCAUAAUGCGCGUUUACAUAAAAUUAGGAGAUUUUGUUAAUUGAUAGAAAUGUGUAUUGCACUUACCGAUGGAAAUGAAUUCCGUUUUGUUUGUUACGUCUAUUUGUACAUCCGUACGCUGAACGCGAUACCGCGAUAUUAAUUAGUAAUUAAAAUUAUAAAUGUAUAAAAAUGAAUAAAAGGUAUAAUUGUAUAAUUGGUAUUUUAAAUUUUAAUAAACAGAAUACAGAAAUCCUAAUGCCGAUGCCUAUUCGUAUUACUAAUUACUAUGUAAACUAAUAUGGCAGUAGAUUUUCUUACCUUGCAGUGGCGGGGGCGGAAGCGUAUAAAAAUUAGACUCGUUUUUAGUAUCAGUGUACGCGCUCCAGUAUUGUUCAUCUAUCUCGAUGUGCGCGACUUACGGUGUAGUUGACACAGAACAAGUCGCGUAAAGACGUAGAUAAUAAAGACAUUUUUUAACUGUAUUUAUUUAUUAUCUUCGGGUAAAGCCAACUCUCUUGGCAAUUGGACAAUAUGAACUGGAUGACCAAAAUACGAACGCCCAAUCGAAAUUCCGAUGUCAAACGCGCGAUCACGACUGUAGCUUCAACCGUGCGGCGUGCACGUGACGUAGCGCGCCAACGGCCGUUAUGGUUUUUUUAAUUUCACUACAUUUCCGCUAAAUUGUUUGCAUUUAUGUUGUUUUGGGCCGGCGAAGCGAAAUCGCCCCGGGCCGGUAAAAAUUCAGAAUCCGCCACCAUUUUAUAAGGUCUUCCUUGUAGCAUUUUUGAUCCGGCCGGUGCGUCAGGGUGGCCAUUUUCCUUGUAGCUUUCUUGACGAACGGCGAGCACGCGCAGGCGACGUUUGCGAAUUUCCGGAUUGCCGUUGACACUGUUGUAACGGCACGACACUCGUUUUUCGCCAACAGCCGUCUAUCGUCGCGUACCCGCGGAUACGAAUAAUGAAACACCACUGUGUAUAAAAUAGAUCGUCCCCGUCAAUAACUCGCAUCCUGAAGCAGCGGUACGCCCGCCGGCAGUGACGGCCUUUUUUCCCGUUUGUCCGUUCCGGGGACGUUUCGUUGUGUCAUUGCGCGCGGAAAGCUACGAGCUCGCGCGAGGACGCUAUUUUCACACGGGGUUUGGGGAAAUUGUCCUGCCGAUACGCGAUAAACGCUCGGACAGCGCCGCGGCCAUAACACAAUAUUAUAUAGCCGUGUAGGUAACACGCGAUACACGUACGUACGCGAUCCACCUGUUGGAAACUGGUCUCCCACGGGUCUACGGCCUUACCGUCGCGUGCGCUUCCACUGCGCUCGCACCGGUCGGCCGAUACGAAAAAUACUCGUUCGAAAAACACCUCUCGUGUCCCCGGCGCGCGCGGCCAUAAUAUCGAUACUCGUAUGACCGCGGCGAGCUCUCUGUACAACACACACAUACACACACACACACACACACAUAUACAUGUUCCUCGGUCGAAUGCGAAGAGAAGAAAAAAAAAAAUAAAAAUAUAAACUCGUAUAACGACGCCGUUUUCGUCCUACCGGUGUUACGCGCGUUGAUACAAUAUAAUAUAUGUGUAGCAUUAUUACGGUUUUCGUCUGCUCGUGUACGCGAGCGCAAAAAAAGGCGAGUAACGAACCGAAAAAUAUGAUACGCAUAACGUAACUACUAUUGCCUAUACAUAUAUAUAUAUAUGUGCGCUCGCGGAUUUAUACCGGUCCAUAUACUCGGCGGGUAGUUUUUAUUUAUUUUUUUUUGUUUUGCUCUAUAGACUAUGUCGUGCGCAUACCACCUAGGGUUUAGGGAACCGGCGGGCGAGCGGGCGAGACAGAGGUAGAGAGCGAGAGAUAGACGUCAUGGAAAUAUCGCCAUUUUGAGUACACGCGGUUGUAGUCGGGCGAACGGCGGCGGUGCACCGCUGCAGAAGAACCCAGAGGAAAUAACAAUAAUAAUAAUAACCUGGACGACGACGACGAUAAAAGUUGUGCGUACGUAUAUGACGUAUAUAUAUAAAUCGUACCGGCGUACAACCGGUUUGUAUACGUACGUCUUCUUCUAUUUUUUUUUUUUCUUUAAAAUCUCGUUUGUUUUUUUUUUUUUCUCUCUCCGUCUCUCUCUUUUUCCCCGAGACGAUCCAGCUGGUCAUCUAUAGCGAGCGAACUAGCGAUCGAGCACGCGGCACACACACACACACAAAACGAUAUUAUUAUCAUACUUACAGUCCGUACCUCGUCUCGUAUAUGAUAUACGCGUGUGUUGCGCGCCGCCGCCGCCGCCGCAAAUAAGAUAGUUAAGUACUUACUCCGAAUUGGCCGUCGCCGAGCCUCCGGGUUCCGGGGCGGCUGUGUUUCCGAACACGCGGGCACCUGCCUGUUGCGCGACGUGAUGUUUACUGUUUACACAAUAAUAAUAAUGAAAAAAAAAAAAUAAUAAUAAUAAUGCGAAUACGGUCAUAUUUCACCGUCGUGUUUCGCAAUAUUGCAAGUACGCCUAUAAUAAUAUGUUAUUAUAUCUCGGUUGGUUCUCGUUGGCGGUAUACCGUCAAAAGAAUAACCGGCGACGGGAUACGCACAGCGUAUCGCGACAAUCAAUCGAUUAUCGUUGUUAUUAUCAUAGCCAUUAGGCGCGUUUUGGCGAUGCAGUUUUUCAGUAGCCCGGUCACUAGUUAAGUAAACCGAAUGUACCAGAAAUUCGGAAUGUAUAAUCGGUGAAUCUAUCCAACUGCAGCGACGGUGAUUGGUAAAAUAAAUUAGGACGUUAUGACCAGUGGUGUCUUUUACAAUUUUUUUUUUUUUUUUUUUUUGCUAUUUUAAAAUUCGGGAUUUCUUAUCGUAAGAGUAAUGUAUAGGAGUCAUAUUAUAAGGUUGUACACCGUUUAUCGUAAAACACAUCCUUUGCGGUUACGGUUAACGUUUUGAUGGGAAAUGUUCAUUGGUUAUAUUUAUAACGAGAUAUCCGUAAGUCAUAAUUGUUGUAGCGAUAUUGUUUACAGAAAUUGUUUGACAAAUUAUUAAUGCACUUUUCUACAACUAGAUUGCCGAAAUCGAUUAUAUUUUUUUAACAAAGUAAAACCUACCUGUAUAGUUUAAUCUAUAGUUAUAAACCAUUGGGUUCGUUACAUUCGCGAUUUCGUUGCACCGUCGCCAAUUUCGACGUUGUAAAUAAUUAUAUUACCAUGACCCUAACCUAACCUAAAACCCGGGGGGGGGGUCGUCGGCUAUUAUUAUUCGUUGGCAUGGAUAAGAAAAAAAAAAAUUUAAUUAAAUAAUAGAUUUCCUUUUCGACGGUGUAGUUAAAUUCAAUUUGUAUUCUUUCGUAUUACCUAUUCGAUAUAACAAAAACCUAAUGUUGUGAAUGUGUUGCACUCGUGCAGUUCAAAUGCACGUUAAUGAAUCGACAAAACGCUAUAAAUAAAUGUACAUAAAUAUAUAAUAUAUAAAAACGAAUCUGUAAGAAUAUUUCGGAGUAUAUUCCGAUAUUCGCGUCACCGUCGCUAUCAGCUAUUACGAAUAUAUUGCCCGACGAAUGAUAAUUAAAAAUAUUUUGUUUAUCGAUUAUCAAUAACAAUUAUUAUUCUAACCAGUUUAUCAAAAUUGUAUAGUUAUUAUUGUAUAGUAAAGGCCUGUAUAUUUUAUGAUCAUCAAGUCUAAACGGCAAUAAAACCCGUUGAAUUAUUCAAACGGAUUUUCUUAUCUCGGACGAAGAAUUUAUCAAGAAAUUAAUGGGUAUUUUUGUUUUUGUUUUAAUAAUAAACAAUGCACAAUGCAAUAUAAUAUAGACUCAAACGGUCCAAAUAUUUCGUGGGGCUUAAAACCCCAUAAUGUUGAACUGUAUCGAUAUUGUAUAUAUAUUUAGAAUUUACUUGAUUAGGAAUUUAUUUAGUGGGGAUUGGAUGAAUUUUUUUGGCGGGAAGGGUGCUAAUACAAGUGUCCAAUAUUUAAAGAUUAACCUUUGCGGUGUCUGCGCGAUCACUGCAGCAGUUGUCUCGUGUAAACCGUGACAUAUUAUUGUGUUAUUCGUUUUACUGUAGGAAAUUCGAUAAAAAAACAAUAUUAUGUUAAAAAGAGUAUAAUGUCGCGUAUUUCCUGCUACGGCACUUAUAAAAAAAAAAAAAUAAUAAUAAUCCAAACCAUCGCGAAUUACUUAAUUUGUUAUUAUAACGCUCAAUAUAUCUUUCCCAUUAUUCUUUGUCGUUAAAUUAUAUUUUCCUGUAAUUUAAACCGAUUUUUUUUUCAUCUACAGAUUAUAUUGUGUAACCUGAGCGUUUUUUUUUUUUACCAUCAUUUUUUUCUAAUGGUUGUCGUCAUUAACGCGUCUGUGAUCGUUCUGUUUAAGUCAGUCUAUUCCUCUAACUAUUACGAUGAUGAAUAUUAUAGCUGGAGUAUACAGAAGAAAAAAAAAUAAAAUCUGUUUGAAAAACCGACGAGCAUAAAAAAUAAUUUUAAUUUGUUUUUUCUUCGUUUGCUGUACUUGCGGAUUUCCGAUUUUAAUCACUUAUUUCAGACCGCUGCCGAAUCGAAUCUCGGAUAUUUGACAUUUUACCUACCUUAAUUUAUUAUUAUUUAUUUUCAAUAAAUCUAUUACCUAUAUUUAUUGUCUUGGAAAUAUUGAAUUACGCGUUCUAUAAAUAUUAUAAAUUAUGAUUCAAUUGAUGUCUUGUAGUCGGAAGUACACCAAUCGGACAUGUACUAGUAUUAUAUUAGAAUAUACAAUGUAUUUUAUUAUGAAACAUUUUGUUUCGGAACCGUUUGUUAGUAUAGUAAGUUUUACUUUUUUAUCGAACAAAAUGUAUAAUUAUUAGACAUUUUGUUAAUUAUACUUUGUCUGCGAAUUUUUAGGUUACAGGUACCUAUGUACAUGUUUUGUUUUACUUAAAAGUAGUAAGUUAAGUUUUUUUCUUGAAACAUCACGUAUAGUAAUUAUUUAGGGCCUAGAUAGAGGGAGAUGUGGGCGGUACAACGCUCCUCUCCUACUGAAUAUUCGUCAGUCGGCAGAUCUGAAUUUCUGACUUUAAAGUCGUCUCGAAUCUGUAUUUUAGAAAUUUCCAAACACCAAUUAUCGUUUCAAAUAUUCAAAUAAUUACACAAUACUAUGUUCGAUGAAUAACGAUAUUUAUCGAGAUUCUAGAAGGUAUUUAUUUAGAAAGUGAUAUUUUGAGAAUUUCAUGUAAAGCAGAUACCGCCCGGCCGAAAUUUCAUGCCUUUUAAGACGGGCGAGUCUUGCGUGAAAAAUCGCAAAAAAGCGUUUAAAAUUUUAAAAAAAAUAACGUAAAAAAAAUUUGUUUAAAUAAAUUGUUUGAAUAUUUGGAAAAACUUUUCAAAUAAAUAAUAACAUCGGGCGAAAAAUCUGCAUCGUUUAAGGCGUAUGAAAAAAUUCUGAGAAUAUUUUUUAAACGAAAAUGUGUUUUUAUUAUAUUAUUUAUUUUAUAUUUAUUAUAUUAUUUUAGUUAAACUUGAUAGCAUUUCACCACUAACUGAAGUAAAGAUGGCAUUUUCUGAACACUUCGGAAAACUAUAGUUGUUAUACCCUCUUUUUUACCUAGCUGAAAAAAUAUACUUAUACAACGCUGCGUCCGGUUAAUGUGUACAAUUUAUUUAUAACGGUUUUUUUUUUUUUUUUAUAUAUAUACAACGUAAUUUUGUUGAAAAUGUUUUUAUUGAAUAUUAUUAUAAUAACAUAGUUUUUUUUUCCUUUAUAUUAUUAGCGACUGCAGUUGCAGUUGUGUAGGUAUCAGAUUUAUAGUAGGUACCUAUACAGGUAUAACAAUAAAUUAUAAAUAUACAUAAGUUAAAAAUAUUUAAUAAUAUAUCGUGUUUUUUUAUAAUAUUAUCGGCUAGGUGCCUAUACUAUAACACAAUAUUAUAUAAAUAUAAAUUUGUUUUAUAAAUUAUUAGAUUUAAGCGAACUGCCCGGAGCGUAUUAUUCUAUAUUAUUAUUAUUAUUGCAGUACUUACGAAAAUGACGUGUAUAAUAAUUAUAAUCAAAGCGAUGUUACGGUUUUCGUUAUAAUUGUCGUCCAUAAAUCGUACACCAAUUGCAUUUAAAAAUUUCACCGAACAAAUACUUCAACGAAUUCAAUGCAUUUAAUUUUACUGGCAAUAAUAAGUUAUAUCGUAAACUUACUGCAUAAGGCGUGCGCAGACUUUUUUCGCAGGAGAUGCCAGUAUUUUUGAAAAUAGAUCAAUAGUUAGGUAUAGUGUAUUACAUAAAAAUAACUAUACCACAACUCUUAAUAUAUUGUAUAAAUAAUAUUGGUACCUACUUCUUCAAACCAAGUAUAGGGGGAAAUAUGAAACACUCAUCCUCCUCCCGUGAGCACGUCCCUGCAAACCAUACAAUUUGCUUUGUUAAAUUUAUUAACUAGAAAAAUAAAACCGUAUUUAUCAAAAGUUGCUAAAAUGAGUUUUAAAUUUUAAUUUAAACAAGUAGGUAAUAGCAACUAAAAACUAAUAAAAUAAAACUGGCUCUGCACCAUACGUACCAUUGCAUAUCUGGCAACUCCUGUGCGCAUGCCCCAUGAAACUUAGCAUAAUUUUUCCCGCCACCAAAUUAGUACCCGUGACGCAUCUAUUUAUAUUUUAUUUAAUUACUCGAAGGACAUUUUAUGUUGGACACCUUUUUUUUGAUUUAUUCGUUACUUAUUUGCUACAAAUGGGAAAACCUCGACUACUGAUAGUCUACUAGUUCCAACAUAUUUGCGGUCAUUAUUCUCCUCCAUAUUCUGUUUUCGAAUGUCUUCAGUUUUCUUUCAGUCUAGCUAGUUGCUCACGCUUCACAGCCGUAAGUAUAAGGGUUGGCCUUAUUAUCAUUACUUAUAGCGUUACUUUAGUUUUUCAAAUAGUAUUUUGGUUCGAAAUCGUAUUUUGUUAACUCAAUAUAUGCUUUUUCGCCCUUUUUAAACGAAUGACGAAUGCCUAUCUCCUUAAUCCAGUAAUUUUUCGAGGCUAGGUACAUUUAUUCGAAAAUGAUGAGGAUAAAUAAUAAUAGCUCGAAAGCGUAAUUUCAAUACCCAUAUUGAAAUGUGUAAUAUUUUAAUAUUAAAUACUGUUAUAUUUAAAUGUAAAAUUGAUUUGAAGCGAACAGAAGCAAGAGGAAUAGAAGGAACCAAUUGAAAAUAAACUCCGAUUUGCUAAGCGAAACCAUGUCGGGUAGGCUUUUACUUCGUGUGAGGUGCCUAUGUUAUAUGCGACCGAACCACGUUAUCGAAAACGGUUCUAAUUUUUGAAUAACUGUGUCUCCUCGCAAAUGGCAUGCCUCAAGUUGUGAGUAUUUGAAUUUAUUGAAUUUUCACACUGAUAUGUACUUAACCUAUAAACCGUAUCGUUUUAUUACUCUGCACGUGGACGUAUUUUCGUAAUUGUAAACCUAUCGUCCUAUCGUCCUUAUCGUGCGGAACAAUAAUAGUAAUAAUAAUUGUGACGUUUCGAGUACUCUACCGCCUACUACGCGGGGGCCCAUUAUUAAUAGGUCCCAUUAAAACUUAUACUGAAAGUGCUACACGCGUGUAUUGUUGUUAUUCACUCCUUUCUCCUCUUGGGUUUAAUGCGGGGUUCCACCACGUGACCCUAUACCGUGGUACGUCGUCGUGGUCGUCGUCAAUACCAAUUGACCUAGUUCCCCCCGGUGAUAAUUGGCAAUGGGAGGGAGGGGAAUUCCCGGGAAAUCGGAAUCCCGCAGUAAUACCAACUCGAAAACAUACAAAUCCCAUCCCGCUCGCACCUCGGUACGAAAACCUAACCAUCACUCGAUAGUCCAAAUUCGCGAUGCCGCUCUAAGGAACAAGUUAUAGCGUCCUAAGUGCAGCAAACCCAAAACCUAUGUGUUAUAGUCGACGAAAUGUCCACGAGUAUAGUGAGGUGGAAAUGGAAAGGCCACGUCGGUCGGCAGGUGCAGGCAGGUACCCGAUUAUGCAUCGUUUAUCCUCGAAGUCGUCGAUUCGUUGACAUUUUAACAAUCGGCGCUUGUCGUUUUUGUAGAGGUUAUAUCGUAUCACCGUUAUCACGAUCCGGGAAGGACAAUGGCAUAGGUAUACGUUGCGUGGCGUGUUUACAGCGGAAGCCGCGACGCGGUCCCUUCACCUUUUCUGUCUCUUCCGUCGCCGCUGCCGCUGCCGCCGCUGCCGUCUGCGGUGCCCAUCUGCCCGGGUUGAUUUAUAAUAAUACGUAAUAUAUAAUAAUAUCAUGAUGUCCGGACCGGGCAGAACCCGCCAGGCUAUGUAACCGGAACACAUUAUUAGAAUCACGCCCCCUCUGGGCUGCCAACGCGAUCGCCGAUCUGGUAUGCUAUUAUAUAAUAUACAGGGUGCAUCACUGUGUGCGCACAUCUCCCGGUGAAUAUAACAAUUUUCCCUUAUCUUUGGUCCCUGAGAAGUAGGGCUUAGGUCAAUGUUUGGCGAUAAUUUUUCGUACAGUUUUGUCGUAUGCAAUUUUUCCCCCCUUAAUUUUUUGGUUUCAACGGCUUUUGUGUUUAUAUACUAUAAUACAACAGUCAUGUUAUGCUGAAAAUUAGAAAAUUUUAAGUCACUGUGAUGCGCUUUUUGGUUGGCAAAAAAAAAAAAAACAUAGGCCACAUUCAUUAUGCAGCAGUUUAGGUAAAAUUAAGAUCAGUCCGGGAGCAAUUUAACCUUUACGGCUCAUAUGACGGCCGUUGUGUGUCAUCGCUGUCAUCCAUUUUGUCGAGAAAAUAAAGAUUGCCCAUCGGAAAUAUCCCGCUGUUCCUGUAGAACUAUAUUUAAAUUUAACAAUGAUGUCAUGUUUAAAUAUUGCACACACAAUUUCAAAAUUAAUAAACAAAACAUGAUGAAUGCCUGUAAGAUAAAUUUGAAUAAUUUAACUUUUAAAUUCAUCAGAAUUAAUAAAUUGUCUGUAAAAAGAUAAGCAUUAAAAAAAUGAAUAUGUGGUAAAUUUUUACAUUUAAGAUAUAAUAAAAGUUAUAUUUAUCAAGACGUAAACACUGCAGUAAGACACCCUGUACAUAUAUAAACGUAUAUUAUUAUAAUGUCCGUCUCACUCUCUCUAUGUCUUUUUUUUCUUUCUUGUUUAUGUAUACAAUGACCUUGUACGGUCAGAUUAACUUAAUAUACUAUGUGUUCAUUAUAGAGAAAUAAUCCUUUCCCGAUUUGUACGGAUCGUUUUUCAUUUCGGACCGGGUUUUUUUCGCAACACCGAUCGCAAAACACCGAGUAUUAUUUUAUGCUCUUUUUGUUUGCCAAUUCUAUACAACAGUAUAUUUCCUCUUCGGUUUAUAGAAUAUAUUUAAUUGCUCGUCGUCGUAUUUACCAGUUCGUUAGCACGGAGAAAACAUAAAUUUGAAUAAAAAUAUAUACGGUGUAUACACUUAUUCUUGUAAGUUUCGGUACGUUUUGUAGUUUACGCGAAAUUUGUAUUGGAGUAUAUAAGUGUACAAUAAGAGUAUAUUCAAAACGAUAAUGUAAACAUUUCAAUAAUUAUACAAGAAUUGUAUUUGUUUGUAAAUGGAUUUUUCUUUUGAAACUGUUCGAUAUCACGAAAACUUGUCUCGAUAAUUUAAUUUAAUUAUAUUAACGUAAUUUAAUAACCGUCAAUAACAAGUGAAUGGCGAGGGACCGAAAAAUUCACCGACCAAUGAGUGCGCCGUUUUUCACGUAGCGCUCUUGGCGUUUGCUCUUGUAUUAAUCUAUAGAGGAACCGAUUUUUUUUUUUUUCUACACCGAUUCGAGGGGCUCUGUCACUAUAUGCUUAUCUAUUCGAUAUUACUCGUUAUUUAUUUCAAUUUGCGGUUGUAAACAUUUCUUACGUAACAAUAUGAUAAUAAUAAUCGAUUUGCACUGGUAAAUGUGUCAGCAGUAAUCAUAUUGCAAUUUCUAUACUUGGCCCGAUAUUCGCAGCCGAACAUUUCGAACGACGAUAAUAAAAUAUACCGACAGACUUUCUAGGUACCCAUACAAUACCUAUGUAAUGUAUUUUAAUUUUUAUCGCACGAUAUGAUUUAGUAUCGUUAUUUUGUGUGUAUUAUGUUUAGUAGACGGAAUAAUCUCCGGCGGUGGUCGGUUUUAUAGAACUGCAGCGUAAAAAUCACCGCAAGUUUAUAGACCGUGUAAAAUCUCACACACAGUAAUAUGGUUAUCGGGAAUAAAAUAUAUAUAUUAUUUAUGAUAAUGUAUGUGUAUGCGAUUGCUUCGAUACUCGUUAUCAACUCGAAAAAGGUUUAUUUCAAUUUCAUCGCAUCGCCAGACAAACUAUUUUGUAACUAUAUAUUAUAUUAUAAUAUUAAACAAAGUACCUUUAUACCUACGUUUUUCAUUUUUUUUUUUUUUUUUGAUUACCUGCAAUAACCGAACGUACCUAAUAUAAUCGGGCCACGUCGCAGCAAAUUACGCGUAGGUUUAGUCUAAACGUUUUCGUAUCAACGUUAGAAAAUAAUAAUAAUAUCGUUAUCGUGUAGUCGAGUAUUCGUGCGUGGAACCGUUUUUUUUUCUCUCUGUCCAUACGGUUCAUUCGUGCAUCGGUGUCGGGUCGCAAAUCGCGAAAAAAACGUCCGUUCGUUAAAGUCUCUCUCGGCAACGGUAAUAUUGUUAUUAUUAUUAUUAUUAUUAUUAUUAUUAUUACCAGCUAUUAUGCUCGUAAUAUUAGACAUUAUUACUAUUAUAAUUAUUACGACGAUGAUCAACACGUACACACUCGUAUUAUCCGACGUACCUGCGUACGUAUGAUACGUAUCACAAUCCGUAAUAUUAUUACGAGUUCGGUACUACGCGCACAGUCUCUGCCGGUCUCGCGUGUGCACACGUGAUUUCUUAACGCGCGCGUGUGUGCCGCAUAAUACAGUGAUAAUACAAUAAUAUUAUGCGAGUAAUAUGCGACUAAUAAUAGUGUUUUAUUAAAAUGCACUAGGAACAAUAGAAAGUCGUACGUUACACGGCCAAGUGUACAUUAUAAAUAUACUGCAUGGGAGUGCUUACAACAACGUUACACGGUAUAUUAUACCUGCGGAAUAUAUUUGAAGUUGCGAUACCAUUUCACCUACACUAUAGGUGGUGUGCCGUAGCAGCGAAACCGCAGUGGGCGUUACUGCGGCGCAGUGACAACAAUAAUCGUUAUUAUAUUAAAUAACAACUUUUGGUUUCAAAAACCCGCAGCGGUAUCAACGGCGUAAAAUUAUAACGAUUCGCAGCUACGGUGUCGACCGGUUUAAUCGUUCAAAUCGUAUCGGACGUCGACGCAGUUAUACGCACACGAUAUCAAUAAUAAUAAUAAUAAUAAUGAUUUUUGUUUGCCAGCGUUUACCCCGCAGAUUGACCGCCGGUAUACGGAAUUACGUGUUCCAUACGCUGUCGGUUACAGUAUUGUUACGCAGUACAGACACAGUCGGCUGUCGAUAAUGGCCGGCUGCGGGAGCAGCUUGGCGAGUAUUGGCGAGGAUUUCAUCACGGGGGUGGGUUUGUUUGGAUAGUAUCUCCGGGGUAUUAUAUACGCAUUGGCAAAUAUUCCGCGUAAUAGUCGAUUCGAGGGGGGGGGCUUGGCCCCUCCAAACACUGCCGUUCCUCGAAAACUGUCGCGGUUAAUACCUUAUAUACGUAUAUUAUUAUUACUGAACAGAUAAAAGCUAUUUUUUCCAAACAAAUAUAACACACAGCAAAACUAUAAUAAAACAUAAUCGUUUUAUGUGUUAUUUAGCGAUAACAUUUUACUAUCCGUAACAAAAUAUUUGUAUUGCACAUAUAGACACCUUCCAAAAACCCUACGUUCUAACUCAUCGCGAUGACCUCAUCCGAUGAAAUUUGAACGUUUCGGUAACGCAACAGUACAGAAGCCAUCUAAUAACAAAAUGUAUGAAUCUUGAAUAUUUUUUUUUAAAAAAUAUUUCGAAUUCAUCACCCGUGCGAAAUACGCCACUGUAUCGGAGAACGAAAGCCAUAUGAAAAAUGUAUUGAAUAAACGGGAUACGAUGUACAAUGAACGGUCGAUCGCAGUGAUUUCGAAUUUCCAGAGUUAUUGUUAAGCGGAAGAAAACUAUAAAUUUAUUUACACGCAACGUUCAAAGAGUAUGUCCGAGAGUGUCCGAGCAUUUAUACAGCGAAUUAUCGAGGUCGGUGCGGUUUUUUCACGAUUUAUAAGUCAGUAAGUGAUGCGGGUGCACCUACCGGUAAUAAUUUUAAUGUAUCACCGGACUUAUACGGCCCGUCAAUGUGUAUUCCGCAAUGUCUCGGAAUUUUCGGUUAAUCCGACAUUUCGGCGCACAAAAUUGCGUUCAUUUUAUCUCUACCGCUGCGUUCAUUUACCGUGUGAUUAAACGCAUUAUACACUCAAAGUACCUGUCUAGUAAUAUCAAAAGUACAAAUUGUUAUUUAAUGACAUCACGCGGCGCGUUUACUGUAAAAAGCGUAUGAUAUAAUGACUGUUGUUGUGCACUGCAUAAGUACAGUUUUUAGAGAGAUUUACAAUAUAUUAUUACAGCGCACAUUAAAAGCCGCGGUAGUGUUUCACGCGAGAUGAUUACAGAAAUGCAACGUUCCGAAAAGGAAAACAAAAAAAAAUCGUCAUUUAUACAUUGGAAACUGUGUGUCCUAUUGUUGUGCCGCGAUGCAAAUCACACCCUUUAUAUUAUCGCACGGGACGCACUAUAAUUGACAAUUUGGCCGACUCCGGGGGGAAGGGGGAAUACGAUGUAAUAUCGGGUACCGGGGGGGGGGGGCAGGGUUUAGGCGGUGAGAACGGCCGAGAUUGUUUGCGAACCGAUGCGUAAUGACGGGAAGACAACAACAUACUGGAGUCCUGUCCACGAGGUGACAGCCGAAUUCAAUCAAAAGGAGAAGAAAUGAAAACCGUACGGAUAAAAAGUGUCCGUCAAUUUUUAUCCUCGAACGUCCCGCAAGCUUUUGGCGGUCUUUCGAUUUUCCCCGAAAUCCUGGCCGAGCGCGAAACCAGCCGGCACAACGUGACGCGCCGCAGGAUACCGGUUUCGCGCGCCCGCUAUACUCGGAGCGUAUAAUAUUCUGCCGGGCGGCGGCGAUCGUUUCGUUUCUGCGCGGCCGCAAAUACCACUGCGUAUCCGCGACCGCGAUCGCCGUUCGUUGCGCGUACGAACGGACCGUAACGUUAUUACGCGUGUUGCGAACGGGCGCGAGCGAACGAUCGCGGACGCCGAUUGUCCCGCCGGCCGCCGUUUCUGAUUCCGGGACGGGUUCCGAUGGCCGGCAAUUAACGGAGGACACGCGUAACGCGCGUUUACGUCGAAACGCCCGCGCAAGGCGUUCGUAUGCGCGCACACGUCGCGGCGGUCGUGGCGGAUACCGUCCGUCGCGCCGGCAUAGCGUUCCGCGUAGGCGUAAACUCCGGUGUUACGUUCCGGAACCCGAGUGAAGCGAGAAACGCGUUACCCGUUAUCAUAUCAUUUCGCUUUUACCGCGGCCGGAUAUUAACCGGAGCGGGGCGGAGGAGUCGCGCUCCGGAAAACGUCCGUCUGCGGAACAGUUCCGGGUUAACUCUCCGCAUACCGCACGCGUAAACGCGAAGUUACGCCGACGCGUGUAUUUCCCUCCCCCCCUCCCCCCGCUUCUCCGGUAUUUCGUGCGCUUGAGCGGCUGACGACCGCGCGCGGCCCGGCGGAACCGGCGGCGUGCGCGGGGGCGGGGGGCGGGACCGUUAAACAUUCCGCGAGACGUCUGCUUGAAAAAAACUACGAAACAACGGCCACGAUCGUUCGUUUAGCGAUUUCGUCUUGAUAUUUUUGCCGAAUUCCGGAUCCGGGUUUUAAGUUCGCGCUGUCGGGCCGGGUCGCUUGUAACGGAAGAAAAAACACCGCGGUCUGUUCACGAAUCGCGAUCGUCAUUUACCGCGUACACACCCGGGUAGGAAUUCCCGGGCACGCCGCCGCAAGCGGAGCGAAUUCCUUCGCCGCCCAUAGCUUUACAACGUACGCGGGCACGCAGUAGGUACUUUGGCCAACCGCGCAUCUCCGGUCCCGCGGAACGGAAGGGUCCGGGUCGAUUUUGUGGAGUUUCGAUAUUGAAAAAUGGGAUCGUAUUGUCAGUAGUCAUAUAUUGUAUACACACAUAUGCACACAUAAAAACGCCGUCCGUUCGCGUUGGGACGUUCUCUGAAACCAAAGAUGGCGUGUGUAGAGUGUCCCCCGCAAACGGUCUUCUAUCUCGCCGCAAUGUUUCGGGUCUCGGAUUUCGGAAAUCCGGAUCGCGUUGCGACAUCGGCCCGCGACUCCGUUUUACCCGUCGCCGCAACAAUGUGUUCGCUCGGUAUUACGUCGAGUACGCACCGCCGAAGCCGUGCUUCUUACCGCGCGGCCAUUACCCCGCCGGGCGAUGUUUCCCGAUGUCCGCCGGCGGACGUCGCCGAUAACUACAACAACAACAACAACAACAACAGUGCACCGUGCGACGCGAUAACGACAGCGGUAAUGCGAGCGCGCGGGUCGUUUCACGGUCGGUCGGUCGCGACGGUUUUCGGAGUGGGGGCAACGGAAAACGGGAGGAAAAAAGGGGCGCAUCCCGGUUCGAACGGACGCGAGCAACGCGGUUGCGACAAAACGCGCGCGUACGUACGUAUACGAUCCAGAUCCGCCGCGGUCUAGGUUCACGGACCUUUGGCCCGUUGAUAAUCACCGUCGCGAAUCGUGGUCGGUUCCCCCGACCUCAUUAACCGCGCACAGAAUCCUCCCCGCGUGACCCCCCCCCCCCCCCCCCCCCCCCNCCCCCCCUCGCCCCUACCCCGGUGCCCCGCACGUACGUCGGUGGACCGUGACCGCCGCCCGUCCGCCGGCGAGUCGUGUCGCGCGACUCGGCGGCGAUACCGCACGUUACCGCGCCGACCAUACCGCGCUAACCACUACAACGCCAUAAUGCCGUCACCGCGUUCCGUGUCACAUCCCGUCGUCGCCGCCGCCACCGCCGCCGCCGCCGCCCACCACACAACAUCGUUAUACUCGUAUUAUUAUUAUACCAUCGCUGUCCCGGUUUCUCACGACAUCCCCUCCGGGACCCGGAACCGUAUUGUUUCCGCGCGAUUUUCCCGGCGGACCCGCCGUAGUCGAUUACGUAUUCCGGCGCGGGUACACCUUUAAUCCCGUGUAGUUUUCCGCGGUUCCGAUUCGACUGUUACGUUCGGUUUUCGCCGUUACACCCGCAGUACAGUGUUUUUUAUUGGGCGUUUUCGUUUUUGUUUUUCAGUUGGACGACGCCGCCCUGCAGCUGUACAAGGACGGCGAUUUCGGAUCUUACUUGGACAUGGAGGCGUCCAUAUCGGAACAGCCCGAGGAGUUCGAAGGGUUCCAGAACGAGUGAGUGAACCUAUUACCGCGAACCGGGAUAAUAAUAAAUUAAGAACGAUUGUGUUACGCACGUAUAUUGCCUGUGAACCGACCCGAGUCGCCUGUAUUUUCGAUCGGCCGGAUAGGCCGAUACGGAAAUCCGAUGUUGACGAACGGAGAAUUUCAGUUUGUCGAGGUAGCGAAAAAUCUCGAAGAAGCUAUCGGAUUCGUACGUAAUCCUCUCCGUGCUUACUCUUUUCUUCUCGUCCUCCAAUCAUCUCCAUCUUGAUGUAAUUAUAAUAAUAUCAUAACUGCUACCGUGAUUAUUUUUCCUGGGAUUUUUAUUUUGUUUUUUUGAAUUCUUCAUACUAUACCUGAUGACAAUAGUUCUGAUCAAAACGAUUUUGAUUUUUAAAUAUUUUAAACCGUGCCCAGCUCUGAGCCCUGGGCGCACAGCUGAUUUGCCGUGUAUAAGUGUAUAAAAUAUAAAAUUGACGAUUUUUCAGUACACGUUAUUUUUUUUGAAAACGUCUUGUUUAAGAAUUUGAUUUUGAAAAUAGAUCUAUUCGAGAUUUCGUCCUGAAGCUCUGUUUCACGAUAUUUUCCUCGUUUAUUCCACGUGUUCUUCACACAAUUCCCCAGACAGUAGACACUUUCUUUAGCAUACCUCUUCAUGUAAAUACAGUUACCGACUCGGCUAUAGAACCAUUGUAUUCCCGACAUGAACAGUUAAAAAACAUUUUUAAGCUACAUUCGCGAUUUUGUAUUUUCCUGUGUCCAGCGAAGAGCAACGCAAGUAGACGAAAUAACACAAACAAAACCGUAACACUGCGGACGGUAAAUCUGUUGGUUUCAAGGUGCCGAAUGAUUAACAAAGUGCAUAGCGCAUAGUGCUGGUCUGUCAAGUAUGCAUACAGUUAUAUAUAUAUAUACAUAUAAAUAGGGUGACCAACAUAACGCAACACACGUUGUCUCGAAAAAGUAUUGAAUUUCCUUGGGGAAUUUGUGUUUUAGAACAUUCAAAGAAACACGGAGCGCUAAAAUGUUACGUCGCCGUUAUUUUAGAGAAUGAAAUCAAUACUUACUGCUGAACGGUUACCUUUAUUGAAAACACCAUUAAUGGACGGAGUCUUACAUUGGUUCAAAUCGAUUUCAGUAUUGAACUUUGUGAUUUCCGUCGACCCGUUGACGAGAUAAUCGAUUUUUAAGUUCCGGCGAGGGAGAUUUUAUAGCGGUGCUUUUUUCGUGUACGGUUUCACCCCGUAAAAUAACGGCGACGAAAAAUUACCGGAAUGUCACGUUUCAGUUAUCAACUAACGUUCUUAAAAAGAAUUCCGAAAAAAUCGAAUACUUUCCGGGAUAACGAGUGUCCAUUCGCCCUUGUAGACACCGAUAUGUGCGUUUCGCCCUCCGUUCUUGUUCGAAAAAUCAAUCAUAUAUCGAUCGCAAUCGUAAAUAACUGCAGGAACGAGCGGAUGUUUUCUUCUCGCGCAAUACCGUAACGGUCGCAAUCGGCGGUUGGACGUACGGCGGUUAUCCGUAGCGAUUCGUUUGCCGUUAUUGCGUAGCGUAACUUUUGGGAGCCUACGGUUUUGUUUUGGUGAGCGGUCUGUAGCGCGAUAACGCUACACUGUCCGCGGGAAAACGGCGUGAAAUUCGCUACUUUUUACCAAUAUAAAAUUGCGGAUUCAAUACGAAACGUUUUAACAAUCCGUUGUUAUAUUCGUUUUAUUAUUAUUAUUAUUAUUUUUUUUUUUUUUUGUCCAUACGGUAAAGUGAAACAUGCGACCGUAUAGUUUCUUUUUCUCGUAUCGGAGAAACGUCGUCGCGCGUAUAAUAAAUAUUGCCGUUUGGGUUAUGUUUUACGAAUUAGUAUUUAGGACGGUAAAUUUUAUGAGAUGGACGAAAAAAAAUUCCCUUUUAUAAGUCGAAAAAAUGCGCGCAAUACUUAUUGUAGUGGAAGCGCACUACAAUGAAAGCGGCGGUUUACAACCGACAAUCGUAAUAGCGUAAUAAUACACCUAGUGGUUAUGGGUCACAGACAAAUGCUAAUGUAGCAGAGUAAAAAUUAACAGCGAAUCGAUCAGACCUUGUUGACUAAUCCGGCACGUCAGACGCGGGCAAAUAAAUCACUAUGCCCUGUGUGAUAUGUUCCUGCCGGAUUCUCUGAAAAACGCGUGUGUCACGCCGCAGCGUUUCGCUUUUGCGACGUUAAACGUUUCAGCGUCGAAACGGCGACAACACAAUGUGUAACGUGCAAUAAUAUCUUUGAAGUAUACGAGCCCGGAGCACUUCGACAGUCCCGGGGUUAAAUUCGAAAUUUAGGGUUUAAAAAAGACAAAUGCAUUUUGAAAAUUGAUUUUUUUUUUUUUUAAAACGAUAUUUCAACAAUUCGAUAUUAACGAAUAUCGGGUGCGUACAUAAUCCGUCGUAGAAAAAAAAAUACGAAAGUAAAUACAUUUGAAUUUGAACGUUGUGUGUACGACUUGAAAAUAAAAUUUAAAAAAAAUAAACUUUGAACGCUCGGAGUAACGACAAAGCGUCUAAUAUUUCAUAGCUCUUGAUUCGUAUCCGGACACGAGCGGCUGCCGAAAACGCACGUUCUGGAUCGACGCCGGCGAGCGGGAACCGGGCGACGGGCGUUUGGAAUUCGAAUGCUAACGCUAACUCGGAGUGACGCCCACGAGAUUGUUCGACGGUUCGACGGUAAACGCGAACGGGUAAAACUCUAAAGUCAAUGACGCGCACGGGAUGUUAACACUUUACGGUGUAUAUUUACGCGUUUAUAUUAUUCUGUUUAAAAUUAUUAUUGCAUUCGAUUCCGAGCUAUGGAUUCGGGCGUGGCGCGUGCGAUUGCAAUUGUCUGUCCGCGAACGACAAUUCUUCUGCCGGUAAAGCCGUUUCAAUCGGAAUACGACUAAAGACACUUUUUUCGGUUAGACUUGUUGAUCCGGCUGGUGCGGUGCUGGUGAGGUCGUUUUUUUUAAAAAAAAAAAAAAAAAAACCGUACACAUAUUAACGGCGUUAACGAUUUCAUUAUUUAAAAUUCGUUCGACUCGUGUUUGCUACCAGAAAUCUUUUUCGAAAUUUCAAGAGUUUCUCAAGACUAUAGUUUUUUUCUACGUGCCGCUAAAUUUGUGACAAUACCAAAGAAUACGGGUUCAGUCGCCAGUCGCCAGUUGACCGGGAACGGUAUCCGUGGAUCGUAUUCUCGGCAUAUCGAUUAGUACGAGGACUCUGUGGGAAACGUUAUGGGAUUUUCAUUUGUUGAACCAAUACUGUUGAUGAGUGUGCCACUGUUAAAGUGGGAAGUUGAAAAGGUAGGACAAUAAAGUCUUUUAAUUUAUAACUGUAUGCAACGAUAAAACUAUUGCUAACGAAAUACGGUCCUGAGCGAAAUUCAGUUACACGUGUUUCGAACUGUCGUAAUUUAAAAACAAUCCGCUCAAAAUCCCAACUAGGUACAAUUUGUCUUCGGAAAAAAUGCUAUACAUUUGAGAGUCUAAGCAAUAUUCCUGGUAGAAAAGUUGUUAGCGUUGUUGCGUUGAGAAUCUAAAACAACACGUUUUGGAAUUAAAUAACAAAUUUCGAAAAUUCCGCCAUGGUGGAAUACACCAUUGUGUACCUAUAUAAUGUUAUAUAUACUCGUCGAACAAAACGUCAACCGAACAUAAUUAAUUUGAAUGGGCACUGUACAUAUAUACAAUACUUAAUCGAUUAUUCCAUAAAACAAUAACUGCUGUUUUUUCGUUUUUUUUAUUUUCUUUUUUUUUAAUAGCACUUACUAUCGUACUACUUAACAGCUAUUUGUUUAACGAACUGUGCGCAACGGUUUUACUGUUAAAUUCUCUCCAGUCACCGUGUCACCGUGCCAUAUCGAAUAUGGCGUAUAAAGUAAACAGGAAAAGCAAAAAAAAAAAAUCUGUCACAGCUUAAACGGGAGAAUAUUCUAAUCACGACAAAAAAAAAAAAAAAUAAUAAUAAUAAUAAUAAACGCCGUUAUAGUGUACGUAUAUAAUACAGAGGGACCAGAUAGAGAUCGACACUCGCGGUUGGACGGAAAAAAAAAAAACCAAAAUAAUAAUAUAAACGAGAACUGUUAUAAUAUUAUUGUUGUGCGUAAGCUCUGCGCGGGUCGUAUAGUUACCCUAGAAAAAAAAAAAAAUCUCGAAGGACUGUACAGGUAUAUAGGUAUAUAAUAUACGUAUUCGUUUAGAUCUAAAAGUCGGAUCGGAAUUUUAUUUCAGUCACGAUUUCGGGCCGUUCAAAAAAAAAAAAAAAAAAAAAAAAAAGAUAAAAAACGUUCCUAAUUUUUCGUAUCCCACGGUAAUAAUAACAAUAAUUGUUCGCCUUCUUCUUAUUAUUAUUAUUAUUAUGGCGGUUGGCCUCUUUCACCUUGUGCCGCAUUUUUUUUUUUUUUUUUCGUCAAUCGCGAUUCCACAUCACAUCUCCGUCAAUGUACAUAAAAUCUCGCGAAGAACCUUCCCUUUAUCACGACGGCCGAGCAGGUACAAUCAACUAUAUUGUACUUUCGUGUACACGGUUAAACGGGAGAAUCGCAACGUACAAAAAAUUAAUCAACUUCUACAAAACGCCGUAAUAAGUAUUUGGUUUAUUAUUAUUAUUAUUAUUAUUAUUUUUUUUUUUUUUAUCGGUCCAAUAGACACAAACACGGUCCCCGAUAACGAAAAUCUUAUCAUUGUAAAUACUGCGCAAUACGGACGGUUCAAAACGCGCGGUUCGUAUGUACCGUUUAAAAAACACGGGUAAAAAAACCGAUACCUAAGUACCUAUAGUUCUGCACGAUACUGUUAAACUGCUACGAGUCUCGAACGGCUCACGUCGCGGCACGUAUUUUAGAUUCUGAGCGGAGCGGUUUGACAAAGAUGUUUGUUCAUUUAUUUUUUUUUUUCCGUGGACAAUUUUUCUACCAGAAAUCUUGAUUCGAUUUACAAGUGUAGCACAUUUUUCGAAAGAAAAUCGGAUUGGCGCGGUACUUUAAGGAGGUCGUUUUUUUGAUUUUUCCAGAUGUCUUUCCAAUAAAUGGGGGGAAAAAAAAGGAAAAAACAUAGGAAAGCAUCAAUAUCAACUGAACUCCGCUCAGAAUCGUCUUUUCGUUAGCAAUGGUUUAUCGUUGCUUACAGAUACUUACCUCACAUACAACAGUGGCCCAUUCACGUGCGAAGUUGCCGGCUUUUUACAUAUUAUUUUGCAGCAAAAACGUCCGACAUUCAAUGUAAAUUAUUCGUAUACGAAUUAUAAUACGCGUCAGACGUAAAAUAAUACGUGAAAAUGUUUAAACGCUUAAUGCAACGCAAGUGGUUUUACAUUAUUUAAGAAUAUGACAUAGUUCGCGGUUUGUUUUGAUAAUAAUAAUAGUUAUUAUCGUGUUUUCGUCAUAAUUCCCAUACCAAUACGAAAAAUCGCAUCAGUCGUAUAGAGUUGUUGCGCAGAGACGAUUUUUCAUACCAAGUAAAAAUGUUGUUGAAUAUCUUGUCCUUGUUUAAAAUCUUUUCGGGGUGUUUUUUUAAAUGGUUUUUAUUUUUUAGAAUUUCCUUAAUUGUCCUCAGUCAAUUAUCCAUUGACCGAAACUCAAAAGUUUGUAAGACUUUCGACGCUGUUUCGAUUUUUUUAUUUUCUUCUAACGUUUUUAUCAAAAAAAAAAAAAAAAGUAAAGCCACAACACCCGAUCUCUAAUGUAUUAUUUUAAUCAUAUUUGCUUUGGUUUUUUUUUUCGUUUCAGUAAAAGAAACUCGAUUGUUUUGCGUACACAGUUGUCGGUCAAAGUACAUACUAUAAUCGGUAAGUAUAUAAUAUUAUUCACUGUAUUCCAUAAAAAAAUUGUAAAUGGGAGGGGGGGGGAAACUAAAUGUGUAUUAUGCAGGUAUCUCGGUACCCAUUAUACUACGAUGUCGAAUGGGGUUUUUUUUUUACCUCAUUGUUUGAAAUUGUAGUUUAGAGUGCGCGUAAAUUGUUUUUGGCUCUACGCGUACGUUCCGAAAAAGAAAAAAAAAAACCCCAUUUAUUUGUGAAUAGAAUAUGAGGUACUAAACGUUACGGCGACGACGUUAUAGAGCAUAAUUUGUUACGAUAAUAAUGGCCGAACGCCGCGUGAUAAUUGCUCGUGCCGCCGCUGCCGCCGCUGCUGCUGCAGUAUCCCCCGCGAUAGUCCACGAAAAAUCGUGACCUUUUGUGUAUUAUAUUUUUUUUUUUAAUAUUAUAUUUAUUAUUUUAUUUCGCAGACAAACUGAUGAACUCCGAAGGCAAAGAGCUCCGGAGGUGUUUGUUCGCGCUCAAGCACAUAUUUCAGGUACCUAUAUAGAGAGACUAUAAUGUAUACGUAGUUGCACCGGGGAGCGCGCACACUGCUCGUGCAUCUACUCGUACAUAACAAUCGUAUUUUCUUUUGUGCGCGUGUUCGCCAGGGGCACGGGUUUCAAGGUUUAAAAAAAAAACCUAAAGAAUCUGUGCGCCUAAUAGUGAUUAGCAAUGUAAACAGCCCGGGCCAUUGUUCGGGCACCCUGCAGUAUACAAGCCGCUGCAGAUGAAAAUUUAAUAAUGUUAUUGUAAAACGCGCAUAUUAUUGUGUAGGAGGAUAAAGAUUUAGUUCACGAGUUCAUUCAAAACGACGGGUUACGGUGUCUCAUCAAAUUGGGAUCGGACGUCGAUCAGAAUUAUCAAAACUACAUAUUAAGAGGUAUAAACUAUAAUAUCAGUGUUUAGGGUUAGGGACUUUUUAUAUAACAGUUGUUUUCUACCCCUUUAUUCACUUUAUUACGUUUAAUUUAGUUAACAAACGAAACAUCAAGUUCGACGAAUAACUCACGAAUUAAUCUUCUUAAAAGUUUUUACGUAAACACCAUAAAAAGUUAAAUAAUUUAUGUGUCAAGUUUUUAGUGUAAAACUAUUUCUUAAGUUUGAUUUAUUAUUAACUGUAUGCAUUUACCGUUGUACGGUUCGAAAUUGUGUUAGCUUCCUAUAUUAUUUUACAAAAAAUUGUUUUUCGAUAAACGAUUUUCCGGUUAGGCUCCGAAACGGUCAUACUGUAUAAUUACCGUAAUUAAAGGUGCGGAUUUCCUCCCGGUGACGGUAUUAAAAUGCCAAUUUCUAUGAUACAUACGCAUUUUGUGAUUUUCUGUUUCUGAGUCCCGCCCAGAAACGUCUCAUUAUUCUGAUAUUAUUUGCAGUAAUUUAUCGUCGGUGUAUUAUUAAAAUGUCCACGUUUACUAAACUGUACCCCGACCUCGAAAUGGCGAAAAUCAGCCUGCUCUAACAAAAAAAAAAAAAAAAAAUUAUAUCACUACACUCACGAAAUUUUCNCCGACCUCGAAAUGGCGAAAAUCAGCCUGCUCUAAAAAAAAAAAAAAAAAAAAAUUAUAUCACUACACUCACGAAAUUUUCACGUUAUAGCUCUGGGUCAAGUGAUGUUGUACGUGGACGGUAUGAACGGCGUGAUCGAAGACAACCCCACCAUCCAGUGGCUGUACUCGUUGUUGACGUCCAGGUUUCGGUUGGUCGUCAAAACCGCGUUAAAACUGUUGCUGGUUUUCAUCGAGUACGUUGAAUCCAACUGUUUGAUUUUCAUACAAGCCGUACACGCGGUGCACCUGUCUAAUGGUACUUUACAAUAUCUUUAUCUCAAUAUAUUACAAUAUGCGCGUUUCCAUCGAAAACAUUGUGCGACGUCGCGUCGUUGUCGCUUCACAAUUAUUGCUCUAACCGUCCAUUUUCGUUCGCGUUAUCGGCGAUAUAGGCACUCCGCUUUGGAGUAACUUGAUGAAAUUGCUCACCGAACCCGACAUGGUCGACACGGAACUGUUGGUGUACGCGAUGACCCUGAUCAACAAGACGCUGAACGGUGUGCCGGAUCAAGACACGUAUUACGACCAAGUGGACGCCAUCGAGGAACAGGGAAUAGAACAAGUCAUACAAAAGUACGAGGGGGGGGGAAGAAAAACGGUUAACGACACGGAUUUUCGUAAUCAGUGACGGAUCCAGGAAGGCCUCUAGAGACCUAACCUCCCAGACACAUUAUCUCUACGAUUUUUUUUUUUUAUAAUUCUAUAGAUCCUGAUAUUAUUAUACUCCAAUCACUAAUAUGCGUGAUAAAGUAAUAUAAUAUAUUAACUUUAUUUUAAUUGUAUUUGAUGUAAAAAAAUUGUCGUCCCCCCAGAUCUUUGUUCUGGAUUCGUGUCUGGUCGUAACAUAAAUCGUAUAAUAUUUUUUAUCGUAAAACUAUAAACGUUAAAUUUAUUUAGGUAUAUGUCUAAACCGGGAACAGAACUAGAUCUUCUCAGGCAACUUCAGAUUUACGAAGUUGUUCUGCAACAUGAAGACGGAGAUAAUAAAUCUACUCCGAUCAGAGUAGACCAUUCGAUCAGGUUGGUUACUGAUGGGAUUUGUUGAAUAUGUAAUAUUAUAUUUGGUAUGCAUGAUUUUUAUUUGUUUUGGUAGAAAAACAUUGAGAAAUAGAAAAUCGUUGAAUUCCUCGUUGGAUUCUACAGACAGAAGAAAAUCCAGGAGACAUUCGGCCGGUAACCCUUGUGUUCAAAACAAUAUGCCUUUACUCAUGGAAAGACUCGAUAUAAAUCCACCGUUACCGAAACCAAACAAAUUACCUCAUCCAGGUACGCAGGGUUUUAUUAAUGUGUAUUGUUGUUUUCUAAUAUCUAACCAAUUUAUUAUUAAUUUUUAGUUUUUGAUAGUUUUUAAUAAAAAAAAAAAAAAAAAACAAACAAAAAAAAACAGUAAAAUAUUAAAAAAAAAAAACCUAUUACAAUUCACAGUUAAUAAUCUGCGUAUUAUUUAUUGCUUAUACUUGAGCUUAGCAUUAUUAAUAUUUGUGAUCGUGGACAUGUAGUGUUUUUGUCUGUUUCGCUUUGCAUCAGGUGAGGACGCUGGAGUAACUCCCGGUUUGAAACGAAGACGGGAACGGGCUCAGAGGCAACGGAGCUUGCUUCGAGAACAAUAUAAAAACAAUAUAGCUCGACCGGAUUGGUCUAGCACAGACGAUCAAGGUACGUAACCGCUAUUUUGUAAAAUUGUAUAACAUGACACUACGAAAUAAGGUAAGGUUGAUUGAAUAAAUUGUUUUUGUAUGAAUAAUCACUCUAUUCGGUAUACAUAGGCGAAAGUUCUGAAGGCCAAAACGGGCUACAUCCGUUUAAUUUGUCGUUUUGCAACGGAGAUUCGCAAGUUCAAAGAGAGAGCUCAGUGAAAGACUUGACGCAAAAGUUGACGAGUCUACGGAGUCCGGACGAAUCGACUACCAAACUGGCGCCACCAUUGGACGACAUGAAAGGAAUAAUAUCAAAAGCGAUGGAAGGUAAAAACCGGCGAUUUUCAACAUAGCAAGCGUAUAUAAUUGCGUUGUUAUUAUUAUUUGAUUAUUUAUUUAUAGGACUCGCUAAAUCUCAGUCGAAAAACGAAGUAGUGAAAAGCCCCACUUCGGAGUCGGCCAUAGACAUACUGUCGAGAAAAACCGAGACUGAUUUACAAUGGGAGAGAUUGGUGAGCGAAUGCGAUCGGUCCCUUCAGUUGUGCGAUUUGGACUUUUCUACACUACACUCCGAUGACGAUUCUGACGUAUUGGCCUCAUCGUCGUUACUGGGGGGUAUCCCUCCCCCACCGCCACCGUGUCCUAUGCUACCGCCCAUGCAACAGCACGUGGCGAAAAAAACCAAAAAGACUGUAAAAUUAUUUUGGAAGGUAUGUACAAACACACACACGAAAUAUAAGAUCAUAUGAUAUUUAUUGUAUUAACCGCGUAUAGGAAGUCAGAGACGAUCCUGUUGCCAGAGUGAAGUUGAAUUCCGAACGAUUGUUGUGGGAAGAACUGAGUCCCGUAGAAGUCGACACUCAUAAGCUCGAACAUUUAUUCGAAUCCCGAGCUAAAGAUUUCAUCACCAAGGUAAACCGCGAAAUCAAUUAAUAUUUGAAAAUUUACUACGAAAAUCUUAAAUCAUUAAUCAAAUAAUAAAUGCUGUGUAUUUGGCCUCCACUACAUGUUACGGUUUCGGGUAACGCAAAAAUGCAUAACACAUACACACACACACACACACACACACACACACACACACUGGGUGUCGGACAACAUUUAUGAUUCUCUCACAAUAAUUACUAUUACUACCUACUUAAAUACGUAUAACAAUACGCAUUUAUGCUUGAUAAUAUACACUGUAAAGCUUUUUAAUGAUAAUAUUUUAUUUGUUAUUUCCAAUGUCAAUUGAAAAACGCGGAUUGCAUACAAAUUGUUCUAUAUAUGUAUAGGAGGUAAGGCUUUUUCCUUUACGCUUAUUGCAAUACUAAAAAAAAAGGUGUAGGGCGUUUUCCAUAAGGUUCUGUUCUUAUUGUCGUUUAACCGUUUAUAUAGAAACAACAAGAAAUGAACAAAACGAAAGAAGUAAUCGUACUGGACCCGAAACGGUCGAACGCAAUUAAUAUAGGUAUGACGAAAUUGCCUCCACCACGGUCCAUCAAAGCGGCCAUAUUGAAAAUGGAUCCGACAGUCAUUAACCGAGAGGGAAUAGAAGUAACGAUUUUGAGAAAAACUAUUCAAAUUAUUGUUAUUCAAAGAUUCUCAUUAUAUUUUUGAUUUAAUUUUUGUUAGAAACUCAUGACUAUGCUUCCCAGCGAAGAAGAACGUACGAAAAUUCAAGAAGCGCAAUCCGCGUGUCCCGACCUGCCCCUGGGCAGCGCCGAACAGUUCCUAUUAACACUAGCGUCCAUAUCCGAACUUCCGGCUAGAUUGAAACUGUGGUCGUUCAAGUUGGAUUACGAGAACGUGGAAAAAGAAAUCGCCGAACCUCUCAUGGACUUGAUGCAGGGGAUCGAAAUACUAAAAACGAACCGUACGUUCAAAGCGAUCCUGGGCACGUUGCUUUCGGUGGGGAUAUUCUUGAACGGAGCCGAAGUCAAAGGAUUCCAAAUCGAAUACUUGGCCAAAGUGCCGGAAGUCAAAGAUACCGUGCACAAGCAUUCUCUGCUUCACCAUUUGUGUCAUAUCGUUAUGGACAAGUUUCCGGAUUCUACGGAUUUAUACUCGGAGGUAUUAUAAAUAGCAGUUACCUAAUUCAUGUAUUUUUUUUUUUUCAAUUGACGAUUAAAAAUUAUUAUUGUAUUUUCACUUUGAACACAGAUCGGCGCGAUUACACGGGCGUCUAGGGUAGAUUUCGGAGAAAUAGCUGCGACGUUGACGAAAGUCGAACAAGAGUGCAGAGCGUCAUUCGAUCAUUUGAAGACCAUCAGCAAGCACGACGGUGCAACAGCCAUAAAAUCCAAGUAAAAUUCAAUAGACGAUACGAUUUGUCGACAAACGUGAAGUUAAUAAUACUGUGAUUGCGUUUGUUUGUUUUUUUUUUUUUUUUUAUAGGAUGUCGGAGUUUUUGGCCGACUGCGCCGAACGUAUUGUGGUGCUCGGCAAAGUCCACCGACGCGUGAUGAACCGUUUCCACAAAUUUUGCCUGUGGCUGGGUAUUCCUCUGCACAAAGUCCAACUGACCAAGCCCAACGAGUUGUGCCGAAUCGUUUCGGAGUUUUCGCUGGAAUACCGGACCACCAGGGAGCGCGUGAUUCAGCAACUGCACAAAAAGGCCAGCCACCGGGAGCGGAACAAAACGCGGGGCAAGAUGAUCACGGAGGUCAACAAAAUGGACAGCCAAGACGUCGCCGACACGGAGCUCAGGCAGCUGUUAGACAAGGAUCCCGCGCACAACAGGGUGUUUUCGUGGAGGAACCAGUGCAGACAUUCUUUGGGUUUGUGUUACGGUCAAGUGGUCGUGUGUCGGAAUACGUUUCAAUGUUAAUUUCGCAGGAAACACAAACGGCGUUCACUUGAGCAACGACGACGACGAGCUCAUCGAGAGCCUGGUGAAAACGGUCACCGCCACACCGGGAACCAACACCAGAACGACGCAGAGGGAACGCAAGAGGACCAAGGACGCUCAUAGAAAAUCACGUGAGUACCGAUCAACGAUCGCGAUAUCUAUAGUUCAUUGUAUUCAUCUAAAGUUAUUUAUUUUUAUCGCCGACACAACGUGUCUUGUCCGAACAAUUCAACAUUAUUGUGUUUAAUAUUAUGACUUGCGCAGUGAUCAAAAGGUCUCGGACUAGGGAUAAUAUACCGAUCAGGCAAAGUAGCAGUCACUCUCGUAAUUCGAUGUCGUAAUUUUUGGUAAAUUUAAACACUACGUUUUGUAUAAUGGUUUUUCGUUUGUGUUUUUUGUGCUGUGUUAAUAUCCUAGUUGUUGUUGUUUUUUUUUUUUUUUUUUUAAUGUAAAACUAAUACGAAUCUAUUCUGAACGCAAUAAUAAUAAUGUUACUGCAUACGUUCAUAUAGUACCCUUAAGAAUAUCUUCAUUUCGUUUUAGAUGGAAAAAAAAAAAAAAAUUUAAUUUUUCGUUUACACAUACUGUCGUAAUAUAUUAUAUCGUGCGCCAGACGAAACCGCGUAUAAUUGCACGGUAUAAUAAUUACGCCCAUACAUACAGAUGUAAAGUAAAACCAUAUUACCGAACAAUGGUCAUCUCACACUAGCCAUACGCGACGGCUAAUAACUAUAAUUUUUUUUUUUUUUCUCCUUCUUCUUAUAAGUAGCAGUGUAAUGGCCAUAAGAUUGUCUCGCCCGUAUUCGUGUGCACGAGUUCGCAGAUAGCGUUUUCUUUUACCGCCGCUACCCGUAUUACGCGAAAUAACACUUAUUGUUGGCUUGUUUGUGGUUAUAAAUUGUACACCCAGUACCUGUAUAAUAGUAUCGACGCGCCUAAUAUUAUUUUUUUCCUUUUUUUCCCCCCAGCAGUUUAUGGUGUUAUUACGACGAGAACGGGUAAGUUUCUUAUGUACACGACCCCGAUUUACAUAAAAAAAAAUAAGGUCAAGUCAGCGUUCCUACACGGGCGCGAGAACGAGACUCGGGUAAACGUUAUUAUAUUCCGUCAGUUCCUAAAUGCUAAUGGACCGGGGUUCGGGACUAAUUCAGAAAAAUAUACUUAACAAAUUUAACAAAAAACCUUGAAUAACCCCUUGAAAACAUUUGAAAAAAAAAAAAAUACUAAAGGAGUUUUAAGAAUUCCAACUUUUAUGUUUCUAUCUUAAAAAAUACGAUUUUCUAACUGAACAAGUAAAAUAAUAUAAAGUAAUUUUUUUCGCGAUACGCGCACAAUUUUAUUUGACAAAAAUUACUUUCUGUUACUUAAUUAUUUUUGUGAUUUUAAAAAGUUUUAUUUUACAAGUUAGAGCCAUAGAGUUAUAUGGAGGUACUUUUAAUACUACCCACUUACCCACAUUUUUUUUUCUGUUUUUAAGACUUUUUGUGGAUUUUAAGUGCAUUAAGUCCCAAGCCCUGCCAAUGACGUAGAAAUCCUGAUUGACCGAUAAUCCGAAAUUGGGUAUUCACUUAUCUGAAUUUCGAAAAACUCUAAUUUUGGAUACCUUAUAUACGGAUUUUUGUCGAAUUUUCCCAAAAAAUAAAUUGUGUAUUGCACAUUAUUGUGUCUCUGUUAUAUACCUAUAAAUACCUAUAUUAUUCAUUUAUCUUUUAUCCGCUACUUUUGGACACUUUUUAUCGGCUCUCGCGGGAUCAAAUGAGUUCAAACUCGGGAACUAUAGAGUCAUUUUAUAAUAGGUGGAUUGAAGUGAUACAAGUCGGGUUGGAUUUCAAUAUGAAUUUCUUCAUGCUGUUGCGAGAGAAGAGGGUUUUUUUUAGCUUCGAACCCCCCAAAUAAAUUCAGAGAGAUGAAAUAUUGUACAUGCAUCGCGUUAGUAUCAAGGAUUGUGUCUUUUUUAGGGUUUGAACUUUCAAUCCCUCAUCAUUUUAUGCUCAAAUUUCACCAUUUUAUUUAUUUAUUUUUUUUUUUUUGGGAGUAGUAUAGUUGUAGCAUUGUAUUAUUAUGUUUAGUGUUUGAUUAUUUGUUGUUUUACAGAGAAUAUUUCUAUGUAUGUUUUUUUUUUUUUGCCACAAUAUAAUCGCUUUAACGCGACAACGUACGUCUAUCCACUUAGUCGGUAAUCAGUAGGUACGUGCGGAUAAAUGAUCCGAACUUGUACUAAACAUUUUUUAUUAAAAGAUUUUAAUGUAUUAAGAAAUGUUGUGAAAUAUGCUUGUAUUAUGAAUACUCACAUUAUAUAAUAGCUAUACGGUAUUUAUAUGUCCGCAUAGGAAUAUUUGAGAAUUGCUUAUUUAUGUUGCAGAUUAUUAGGGUCGUGUAAGAACUCGCCACCUAACUUAUCGGUUAUUCGUGAUACGCCGAUAUACUGAUAGGGGGUUAACACGGCCUUUUAAAAGUAAAGAUUUGUUUAUGUUUGUAUGUUAUUCGUUUACAGUGAGGCGUACGUUGCGGAACGGUCUGAGCGACGAAGACAAAAAACAUUUGGCAUCCUUCAUAAAGGGCUACUGAACUGUGAUAUUCAUGACGUCAAAAAAAAAAAAUAAAAAAUAAAACCCCUUAUACGACUGAUAUAUAUUACAAUAUUUUAGGCGUUUUUUAAAUAAUAUUUUCCUAUAUAAUAUAUAUAUAUAAUAUCAUAAUUUUUACUUAUAUAUGUAUUUAAAAAAAAAAAAAAAAACAUCUACAAUUAUAAUUAUUAUAUCAAACUAUACUUUUUUUUUCGACCCCUUCUUUAUACAUGCCUACCUAUAUUUAUAUUAUAUUCGUUCCACACUUACCUACGUUGAAAACAGUGUAACAUUAUUAUAUUAUUAUUAUUAUUAUUAUUAUUAUUAUUUAUAUUACAACUCGCGAAAUAAUAUAACAUGACAGCAUUUUAUCAAAUAAAUAGAAAAAAAAAAAAAAAAUGUAAAAUAAUAUUUGUACGCAUUUAUUGAAUAUAGUUUUGUGAUGUUGUUAAACUAUAAAUAAACGUUGUU